GACCGUUAGAGCGAAGCGGAGAGGGCGCUGGACAGCCGCGUCGCCAUGAAGCUGUUGGCGGCGGCGGCGCUGCUCCUCUUCGCCGCGGGCCUCGGUGAGCGAAGGCCCGUCCCGGGCGGGCGGGCGGGCGGGCUCCCUCACAGCCCGCCCCGUCCCCCUACCCGGACUGGCAGCGGUUCUCCCACGAUCUUUAUUUGUGGGACAAGCCCAAGUAGCGUCUGAACCAGGCAGCCUUUAUCAAGUUAGGGGCCUCCAGGCGUCGCUGGACUACAACUUCCACCAUCCCUGUCCUCUAGGCUGCUAGCUAGGGAAUGGUGGGAGUUGUAGUCCAGAAACACCUGGGGACCCCGGGUUGAGAAAGGCCUGAGCACCUAGCUGUCUAUCAUAAAAUGAAUACGCUGCCUGAUGGUUUGAAAACCCUCAACGCGGUUUACAAAAAGAUAACACUGCUUUAAAACAUACAAAAAUUAAAAUACUGAAACGAAUUGCUCAGCUUUCCAAGCGUCUCUGAGCAGGAACAUUUUGUGCAGGCGCUUGCUUGAUCUCGAGAGGAAAGGAUCAGGAGCUGAGCAAGAUGUGGGCCCAAGUCCACCCGUCAAAGCGGCCCCCUGGGCACAAGUGGGGCAAGGCUUUGAUCUUGGCCUGGGAGCAGAUCAGCAGCCAGUGCCGAUCUCUGAGCGCAGGCCUCCCUCCUGUCAGCAAUCGCGCUGCAGAAUUCUGCCCUCACUGCAGCUUCCAGCUCAGUCCCGAGGGAAGCCCCACGCAGAACACAUCCUAAUAGAGAUGGGUACAGCAGACGGUUUAAGGCAGAUGUGGGUAUCCAGUUGUCAGAUUACUAUCUAGGAAGAGGUGUCGACCUCAGUGUGGAGGAAAUGUCCUUUAAAAUCUGGAUCUGCCUUGAAACAUAGGAACCUAGGAAGCUGCCUUAACAGAGUCAAACCAUUGGUCCAUCUAGUUCAGUAUUGUCCACACUGACUGGCAGCAGCUCUUCAGGAUUUCAGGCAAGAAUCUCUCCCAAUCCUACAUGGAUAUGUCAGGGAUUAAAACUGCCCCUGGCCCAGGGCCCUUCUCCCUUAAGCACUUAGAAGUAGCACUUAGUAAAGGUAAAGGGACCCCUGACCAUUAGGUCCACUCGUGGCUGACUCUGGGGUUGUGGCGCUCAUCUCACUUUAUUGGCCGAGGGAGCCAGCGUACAGCUUCCAGGUCAUGUGGCCAGCAUGACUAAGCCGCUUCUGGCAAACCAGAGCAGCGCAUGGAAAUGCCAUUUACCUUCCCGCCGGAGCGGUACCUUUUUAUCUACUUGCACUUUGACAUGCUUUCAAACUGCUAGGUUGGCAGGAGCAGGGACAAGCAACGGGAGCUCACCCCAUUGCGGGGAUUCAAACCGCCGACCUUCUGAUCGGCAAGUCCUAGGCUCUGUGGUUUAACCCACAGCGCCACCCACGUCCCAUAGAAGUAGUACUUAAAAUAGUGCAAAUAUGGUAUCUCACACCAAUACAAUCAGCCCAUUUUCGUUCUUCCUGCUCACCAAGCUGUUGCAGGAAGUUAACCUCAUAUAUUUGAGGUGGGAAAGUUCUGGGAGGAAAGUAUUUGUCAAAAUAAAAGCAAUCUCAAACUGUCUCAAAAUGUCCAGAGCUGAUGCUGCUCAGUCUUCUCAUGGCCGAUGAUAUUAAUGUACUGCUCAAACCUCUAAGUUCUCUUUUAAUAGUCGCUCAUAAUGAGAUACUAGAAGAAGUUGUAGGGUGCAUCUCUGACAAAUUAGUACAAUAAAAUAUGGCAAAUAGCACUUGUGGGAAAAUUGACUAAUGAAUAAAAUUGGCAUAAGGUUUGAAACAUAAAUACUCUUGUAACAGAUUGGUACAGCUUUUUUAUGCAUAUGACUAGAAAUGAAAACAGUCUAAAACUUUUUGGUUAAUGGACUGUUUAUUGCUUUCUAUAAAAAUGGUAGUCUGGGAUAAGAACUUAUUGUAUUAUUUGGAUGUUAUUUUGGAUGUAUUACCUUCUGGCUUAGGGUGGGAUAUUUUAUUACUCGUCUACAAUGUCAUUAUAUGUUGUAAGAAUUUAAUAACUGGGGGGGAUAGAAGAAAGAAGAAAGGUACAGAUAAAGGCACAAGAGUUUGUCUUUCCUAGAUCUCUAUUUGGUUAGCAAUCCUAAUUUAUAUGAUGUCAAUGUAUAUAGAAUUUCUUAAGAGAGGCAUUCCCCUCUUCCCAGGUGAUGCACAUAGAGACCUAUAAGCUCAGCUAACUAACCAGGCUAGGCUCUUUGUUCGCUUGCUCAAUGUAUAUUCAUUAAGGAAAAACCAUAAUCGUAUGCUAAUAGGGCGAUGUAGCCUAGGAUAGGAGAAGUUGCCUCAGUUUAUGCAUAUGCAUUGCCUUAGGAGAUAACAGAAAUGUAUAUUAACCCCCCCCCCUUUAGGGGUUGGGCGCAGACUUUGGAGUUUAUUCCUCUGCUGCCUAUUUUGCUGGCUUGCAAAAUAAAACCCUUUGUUUUCCUCUUUUGCUGCUUGAGUUUUUCUUUCAGCCCCAAACAUUGAUUUUUGCAACACAAGCAGGCUGCAAUCUAAUCUCCAGACUGAUUUGUUGUGGAUGUAACCUGCCACAUAUCAUUAAGGGUGUUUCUAGACUCACUGUUUUCAGGUGGGAUUCAGCCACUUCCCAGCAAAUUCAGAAUGUGCAACUGAAUGUGAUUGGAUGUAAUUCUUAGGUGUCUUAAGGUGCUGUGACAUUUGUGCCUUGUAGAAAUUAAAUGGCGAUUAACUUCUUAGCAUUCUUCUUCUUCUCCAGAUUGUCAAACCUUUUUGCAUAUCACUUAUCCAAAGAAAAUUCCAUCCAACAUGACUGAAGAUGGUCUAGGUCCAGAUGAGGUAUUUGGAAUUAAGAAACAUACUUAUUCAAAAGUUUGUGCUAUGGAGUGAACGCCUACUCAGUGGAUGAUAUUUUGCACAGUGAUUUCCCAAGCUUGCUGACGCAUGCUUUUCUCCAAGUUAAAACUGGAGGCAUAUUUGACUCUAGCAUUUGAAAAGGUUCCUUUAAAAGUUUGAGGCGGAGGGCUCCACCUCCACUGCUUUUGUGUGAGUCACUUUUGUGAGUUUGUCUCCUGACAAGCAGGGUUUAUCUGCCCCCCCCCCCAUAUUUUAUUCAAGUUGGCACCUGUGGCCUUGCGUAAGGGAACUCUUCCCACCCACCCAGAGAAUUUCAAGCAGCCAUAGAGGGAUUGCCAUCCACCUGUUCCAUCAUCAUACAAACCCCUGAGAUGAAGAGUGUUAUCAACAGGACCAUUUUCAUUGUAUUCACGAUGCUGUCUGUGGUUUAGAGGAAGCAUAACACUUGUUGGUCUCUUCCAAAUGUUUCUGGCAAGUUAGAGCAAUCUAUACCCAUAUGCCCAAAGUCAAAGGGAGGGGUUCUUAAUUCAUCUGACAUCAGCUGAUGCACAGUGUAAAUUAAUAAUGCAGAGUCUUCUUCAGUAAAAGAAUGAAAGCUUUACUGAGUUAAAAUAAAUUUGUUUGUAAACACAUGGGAAAGCAUGCUUAAACCAAAGCGUUCUUAAACCAAGGCAUGCUUUCCCAUAGCAGCGGGGGACUCAAUUUACAAAUGGAACACACUCAACAGGAAGCGAAAUAUAUUCUGCUUCCAAGGCAAAGUUCACAAACCAAAACACCUACUUCCGGGUUUGCAGCAUUCUUAAGACUUCCGGAACAGAUUAAGUUCGUAAACCAAGGUACCACUGUAUUUAUUUAGCAAAUGAAUGUGACCACACAUUUUCAUUCUGAGUGGCAGGAGGCUGUUGUGCUUUGAAUGCAACUUUUCCUUUUCAGAUUUUUUUGUUGGGUAUGGUAGACUUCAGGAGAUUGCACUGUGGGAUUCUUUUCCCACUUUGCUGUUCCUGACUCAUUGUGAGUGGAUUUAGAAAACGGUUACCCUUGUACUUGUGACAAUGAUACCCAUGAGCAACUGGGUUGAAGCACCAGAAAAUGGGGAAUUUCAUUUCCUUCCAGUCAAAUCUCCCCCCCAUUGGCUUCUCUGGGCCCCAGACACAGGCAAGAAACAUAUUUAGUUGAGCAAGGCUGAAAUCCUAACCCCACUUACCUUGGAGUAAGUGCCACUGAAUUAAUUGGAUUUACUUUUGAGUAGAUAUAGUGAGGGUUGUGUUGCAAGUUGUUUUACAUUAAGAAGUUAAACAGAGUCUUGCUAGGUUUCCCACAGGGGUCAACUAGAUACCUCUGGGAAACCCACAAACAUGUGCAUGUUCCACACCUGAGGUCCUCCAGGUGAGUGAAUGAGCAGAGAUCCUCAGGUACAGCUAUGUGUGCACUCUACAGUUGUGCAUAAGAAUCUUUGGGUCAGAGCAAACAUUAUUAAAUAUCAUUUAAGAAUGAUAGUUUCCCCUUUUCCCCAUCAUAAUCACUGCUGCUGUUUUGUUUAGCAGCAUUUUCACUCCCUCACCUCUUGCAGGAGCCCCACAUGUCCAUGUACGCUUUGCAGGGAUCCUUUUUUUAAUCAAAGUAUUAAUUAGACCUGGAACCAGAGAUCUGACUGGCUAUUUCAAAUCAAUGUGCUAUUACUUCUCCUUUCUGCCUGUUCUCUCUCCUAGUUUUUUAGCAGGCUUCUCAACCUGGCUUCCUUAUUCCUCAGGAGAUCCCCAUUUAAGCCUGAGCUGCCUUGAUUUCUGUUUCAGAAGUUGGGCGCCAGCCCCACUCUCUGCCAAGCGGUAGGAAGAUUCCAGGGGUUCACCCAGGGUCUAUGGUCCUCUGGAGAAUUGAAGAGGCUGUGGAAUUGUAACUUUAAAAGCUAUGGUUUAUUCACCUAUUUACACCUUCCGUCUGUAUGGAGAGAGUCCAGAUCUUAUAGCUUGGUCAUUUUAAGAGGAGCUUGUUCCCUACAGCAGUGCAGCACUAGAGUCCAAUGCAUCUCUCCCAGCCAGCCUGCCCAGGAUGGAUCUCUCUUUUCAUUCUCCCCAACUUCUUCUUCCCAGCACUCCUUGCUUUCAAGACUCUCUUUUCCUGUCACUUUACAGCCAGUUACUCUGGCAACCUUCCAUCUGCCCAGGCCAAAGAUUCCUCUCAGGUGGGCCAUCAACACCUUUUGCUAUCCCAGGUGAAGCUUUGGCUGGGAAAGGAAGUUUAGCUUGUAUUUUUCCACUGGCCUGCAAUCUUCCCUUCAAUACUCCAGCUAAUCAAAACCCUACCAUUUAUUUCUAGGGUUUAGCCCUCUGCCCCCACUCCCGCAAAUGCCUUCUCAGGUCCCUGCCUCCUUCUUUCAUCAAUGAAACUUAUUUUCUUUCCCUGGGUCCUGAACUGCCUCUCUGAAAGAUAAAGAGGCUCAGCCAAUCACUGCCAUAGCUUUUCUGCCAUCAUCAAAUACAUUUCAAUAGAGACUGUUCAUUUCAUUUGUAAAAAUACUGUUUCUACAUACUCUUCUGACUGAUUGUUUUGUUUUGUUUUGAAUUGUCCAGAGCACACAGACUUACAUGAUUACAAUAAAAAAGAAGACGUACACAAUUCACCUGCAGCAACAGUAAGUGACUCCCUAUUCUUAACCCUUUGGCUUAUGGAAAGGCUGUAGCAUGUGCUGUGCAUGGAGAAGGUCCCAAGUUCAGUCUCCAGUGUCUCUAGGCAGAGACCCCAGUCUGAAACCCUGGAGAGCCAUGGCUUGGCUUAGUGUGACAUGUGAGCCAGGUCAUUUACUAAUCUGCACCUGAUUUUGAUUUCAGUAGUCCAUAAUGGCUAGCUCCAGAAGGUGAUCAGAUUGGGCCUUUCCUAGUCCACUACCACCUCAACAGGGCCACCAGUCUUAUUUUGCUCAGAACUGUCCAGAAGGUCAUAGGCAGUAUGAGAAUUCUCAGUUUACGCAUCAUGCCUGCGCUAGACAAAAGCGCCCCACAAAAGAUUUAUUUGUUCAUUUCUUAGGAAGCAUCUUACCUAAACUGUUCAGCAGUAAGCUCCUGGAAUGGCUUACAAGGGGUUAAAGAAGCCCAAUAGUAGUAAUAGUAGUAGUAGUAGUAGCAGUAGUAGUAGUAGUAGUAAUACAAUAAAAAAAUGGCAACACUUACAUAACAAUGCAACUUCCAAAGAAAACAGCAUGAUAGAAAAAAUUCCAGCAAUGAUUAAAAAUGAAUGAAUCUAAAAGGCCUGUGGCACUAAAAGGAAAAGAGAGAUGACAUGCGAGCUUGUCGGGGCUGGCGGGGGAAGCCUGGUUCCCCCGCCCCAAAGAGCACCUCAGGGAGCAGCGAACGUUCUGCGCACAACCUGCCCGCUGCUCCCAGAGCUUGUCGGGGCUGACGGGAGAAGCCUGGGUCCCCCCCCCCCAGCCCCAGGGACCACACAUUCGCUCCAUAAGACGCACAGACAUUUCCCCUUAGUUUUUAAGAGGAAAAAAGUAUGUCUUACGGAGCGAAAAAUAUGGUACAAUAUUAUCAAUAAAGAAAUAACACCCAGAGUACAUUGCUUAUUAAUUGCCUAGUACAUCAGACACCCUAUGGCAGUGAUGGCCAAACUCAGCCCUCCAGCUGUUUGGGACUACAGUUCCCAUCAUCCCUGACCACUGGUCCUGUUAGCUAGGGAUGAUGGGAGUUGUAGUCCCAAAAAUAGCUAGAGGUCCAAGUUUGGCCAUCACUGCCCUAUGUUGUCUCUUGAGAACAUUCCUUGGCUGUCUUCUUUGGAAAUUAAUGGUUACCAUUCAAUCCAGUGGGAGGAAUAAUAAUAAUAAUAAUAAUAAUAAUAAUAAUAAUAAUAAUAAUAAUUUAUUAUUUAUAAAUUAUGCAGCCCAUCUGGCUGCAUUUCCCCCAGACACUCUGGGCGGCUCCCAAUCAAGUGUUUAAAAACAAUACAGCAUUAAAUAUUUAAAACUUCCCUAAACAGGGCUGCCUUCAGAUGUCUUUUAAAAAUAGGAUAGCUGCUUAUUUCCUUGACAUCUGAUGGGAGGGCGUUCCACAGGGCGGGCGCCACUACCGAGAAGGCCCUCUGCCUGGUUCCCCGUAACCUCACUUUUCGCAAUGAGGGAACCGCCAGAAGGCCCUCAGUGCUGGAUCUCUGUCCGGGUUGAACGAUGGGAGUGGAGACGCUCCUUCAGGUAUACAGGACCGAGGCCAUUUAGGGCUUUAAAGGUCAGCACCAACACUUUGCAUUGUGCUCAGAAACGUACUGGGAGCAAAUGCAGAUGUCAGGACUGGUCAUUGUCCUCUUCAGAUCACCGCACAAACGCUUCUUGUCUUUUAUAAAUUUUUAUUGCGUAUUAACAAAACAAUCUUAUAAACGGUUCUUAACUAUUCUUCCUCAGAGUCACUUAUUUCAGAUACCUUCUGAGCUCUGCUUCUCCGUGACCAGCCACCCUCAAAAUGGCGAAGGCGCCCUUCCCUUCGCUUUCCCACUCUUUUUCCUAACCUCCUGGCUAGAGCUGGCUUGUAUCUCUCCUCCUCCGAAUCUGAGCUAGAACUGAACCAUUGCCUUUCCUGUGAACAGCCGGUCCCUCCCUGUUGUUCCUGUUGCUCUCUUCUGUUAGAUUCACUGCUCUCCUUCCCCCCUUGGGGAAUGCUUUCUCCCUCUGAGAAACUGGAAAAUUCUAACUGUAACUCUUCCCUGUCAGCAGAUCUCUCAGGAUCGGUGUUAUAUGGUCCCGGUGGCCACUCCCAGUCACUAGUCUAGCUGCCGCAUUAUGGAUUAAUUGCAGUUUCUGCGUCACCUUCAAAGGUAGCCCCACGUAGAGCGCAUUGCAGUAGUCCAAGUGGGAGAUAACUAGAGCAUGCACCACUCUGGUGAGACAGUCCGCGGGCAGGUAGGGUCUCAGCCUGCAUACCAGAUGGAGCUGGUAGACAGCUGCUCUGGACACAGAAUUAACCUGUGCCUCCAUGGACAGCUGUGAGUCCAAAAUGACUCCCAGGCAUCGCACCUGCUCCUUCAGGGACACAGUUACCACAUUCAGGACCAGGGAGUCCCCCACAUCCGCCUGCCCCCUGUCCCCCAAGAACAGUACUUCUGUCUUGUCAGGAUUCAACCUCAAUUUGUUAGCCACCAUCCAUCCUCCAACCACCUCCAAACAUUCACACAGGACCUUCACCGCCUUCACUGGUUCCAAUUUGAAAGAGGUAGAGCUGGGUAUCAUUUGCAUAUUGAUGAACACCCAGCCCAAACCCCCUGAUGAUCUCUCCCAGCGGCUUCAUGUAGAUGUUAAAAAGCAUGGGAGAGAGGACAGUACCAUGAAGCACCCGACAACUGAGAGCCAAGGGGUUUGAACACUCAUCCCCCAACAUCACUUUCUGAACACGGCCCAGGAGAAAGGAGCGGAACCACUGUAUAACAGUGCCCCCAGCUCCCAGCUCCUUAAGACUGUCUAGAAAGAUACCAUGUUCAAUUGGCUCAAAGGCCGCUGAGAGAUCCAGCAGGACCAGGAAACAGCUUUCACCUCUGUCCCUGGCCAGCUGAAGUUCAUUGACCAGCAUGACCAACAGAGUUUCAGUACCAUGGUGGGACCUGAAUCCCGAUUGGAAGGGAUCCAAAUGGUCCGCAUCCUCCAGGCGUGCUUGGAGUUAUUCAGCAACCACCUGCUCAAUCACCUUGCCCAAGAAUGGUAGAUUUGAGACUGGGCGAUAGUUGACCAUAUUGGCUGGAUCUGAAGAUGUUUUUUUAAGAAGCGGUUUAAUGACUGCCUCUUUCAGCGGGUCUGGGAAGGCUCCCUCACAGAGGGAAGCAUUCACCACCCUGCAGAGCCCAUUGCCCAGCCCUUCCAGACUUGCUUUUAUGAGCCAGGAUGGGCAAGGAUCAAGGAGACAGGAAAAGCAAACCACUGCAGAGGGAGACAACAUUGUGGUGAGAACAACCUUGCCUCCAUUCCCUGACACUGUGUGAUCAUAGAAUCAUAGAACCGUAGAGUUUGAAGGGACCCCAAGGGUCAUCUAGUCCAACCCCCUUGACAGAGGGCCAUUUGCCCUCUGCUUAGAAACCCCCAAUGAGAGAGAGCCCACAACCUCUCAAGGGGAUCUGGGCCUCACUUAUGGGAAGCACUGCAGUAAAGAUCUCUGCCUCCAUCAUUGUGAUAGGCAGUUUGCUGCUAGUAUUUAUGAAUGCUGUACCUCUUCACUUAGCACUGCCAGCAAAUUUUAGAAGCAUCCCCUGUUUCUGUUCCUCAGCUUGCUAGCUGACAAAGACAAAGUACAGUGCCUUAGGGGAUCUUCAUUAAUUACCUCUUCAACCCAACCCUAUGAGACUUUCCCCAGAGGGCAGUCAGUGAUUCUUUUUGAAAUGCCAACAUAAAUAUCACUUUGUUGUUUUCUUCACAGAACAUUUUUGCCCAAUGACUUUUUGGUUUAUACAUACAACCAAGGAGGCUUUGUCCACCCCAAUUCCCCACAUAUUCAGGUAAAGGUUCUUAAUUGUGUUUGGAUGUCAUUUCAGACAUUGCUUGAUUGAUUUUAAGUGUUUGUACACCACUUGUCAGAUAUACAAAAGCAGUGUACAAAAUUUUGAGGCAAUACAAUAUGGUUAUGGGUGUGUGGGCUACCAUGACUCUUCUGAAUUCCUGUAUGCCAGAUUCUGCCCCCCCCAAAAAAGCAGUGUAAAAUACAGGCUAACCCUGAUUUUUCCUGAUGGAGAAUUCCCUGGCAGAGAAGUCAGAAAGACUGAUAAGCAGCAAAGCAGAGGCUGUGCCAGCUGCAGGGGGUGGUAGUUAGCAAAGACAAUGCCAGAGUUGGGUAGAAGAAAUUUCAGAAUUUCAUUGGGCCUAAAGUAAGCAAACAGACAGAAAGUGUUGGUUUUGCAAACUUGAAGGCGGCGGGGAGUGGGGCAGGGGGUGGGAGAUGCCAAAGCAUGAAGUGAGUGUGGAGGAAAAUCCUCUCCAUCUGGAAGCGGCAAGCAGAAGGCAGAUAGGCAGAGUUAUGGCUGAGGUCUCUUUAAAAUCUGACACACAAGAGAUCCUCUUGGGGUUUAAUGCUGGGAUUCCCACCCAUCUAGAAUCAGAUUGUAUGUAUGUGUAAAUAAACCAUAUAUCAUAAAGACACCCCAUUCUCCACUGUGCCUCAUUACCAAAAGAAAAGUGUGCCUGCAACCCCUGGAAUAUCACACUGCUCAUGGAGAUUGGGGUGGCAUGUAACAAUAAAGAUUUAACUUCAUUACAGAAGAAGAUUGUGGGGAAAGGGCAUUUUGAGAUCAGAUAAACCCUUCAGUCUGAACAUUGCAAAAAGCCUGGGGGAAAGUAAAAAAAUAAAAUGCAUAUGGCAUUUGUAAGAGGUGAUGGGGAAGCUUCUCUGGUGAGCAAUUUCCAAAGGAGGGGUUUCACAGCAGAACACCCCACACCCCCCAGUUACCUCCCACACCUUGCCUCAAAUAGCCCAGGGACUCACAGAAAAGUCUCAGAAGAAGUUCUCAACAGUCAGGUAUGUUCAUGCAGGAAGAGGCAGCCCUUGAAGUAACUUGGUUCCAAGCUACUUUUUUGUAAAAAUGAAAUAAAAUAUUAUUAUUUAUUUAUUUAAAUAAAUGCAUGAACCAAAUAAUCAUAACAAACCCUCCUAAGUGGUAUGCAUAAGAUCUUGUUCUUCCUCAAAAUGAUUGCAUGGUGGGUCACAACAAAAAUUAUUUUUUUUAAUUUUAUUUUAUUAAUUUCUAUACCACUUUAUAGUUUUAAGAAAAAUCUCAAAGUGGUUUACAGCAUAUUAAAUCAAUAAAACAUAAAUAAAACAAUCUGAAAAAGUCAAAUAUAGAGUAUACAGUCAAAGCAACAUAACAGAAAACUAAAAUGUUAUCUUAAAGAUUUCAAAAUAAAACAUUACAAAGGAGGUCAACUACAGAAUACAUAUUUAACAAAGUAGGGCUGGGUGAGUGUGGGCCCUGCCCCCUAGGCCAGGUGGAAAGGGCUUUGUAGGGAGCGGCCUUCACACUCACAGCCAGGUAAUGUUCCUCCAGCCUCAUAAGGAGCCUCAUGUUAAGCAGCACAAAAUAGUCAUAGAAAUACUAAAGCAUCUAAAAUUCAUAAUUCAGUUGUAUAUAACAUCAUGAUGUCUGCCCUGGUCCCGAAAGCUAACCAUUGUUGGUGCUCAGGAGGAAAAGUGUUCCACAACCAGGGGCAGAGAGGUGGGGUUUCCGUUGAGAAAGCCUCAUUAAACGUUUUGGUAGCUCAACUGCAUAUGGCAAUGGUAUCACCAAAAGGACCUGCCAGGCAGAUCUCAGAUCUUGGGUGGGAUGGUACAAGGAGAGGUGCUCCAUCAGGUAACUUGGCUUGAGGCUUUAUGUGUCAAAACAAGCACCUUGAAUUAGGUCUGAAAACUUAUGGAGAGCUAAGAAGCUAUGCUGGUGAAAAGCGUUCUUCUGUAUGUCCAGGCCCAGUUAGUAACCUAGUUGCUCUGUUAUGUAUUUGCUGCACUUUUUGGACCAUCUUCCAAAGCAGUACCAUGCACUGGAAUGGGUCCUAAGGGGGCCAUCCAGAGUCUGGAGUACAUUGUCAUCAAUAUACUGAUGGCACACAGCUCUGCUUCUCCUUUACAUCUGCAGAUGAGGCAGUGGAAGUGCUGGGCUGUUGUCUUGCCUCAGUAAUGGACUGGAUGAGGGCCAACAAACCGAAGCUCAAUCCAGAUAAGAUGGAGGCACCUUUAGUGGGUGGUUCCCUAGAGCAGAUGGCUGAGAGGUUGUCUGCUCUCGAUGGGGUUACGCUUGCUCUGAAGGAGUUAGUACACGCUUGGGGGUGCUUCUAGAUCCAUUGCUGCCACUUAAGGCUCAAGUGGCCUCGGUUGCAUUGAGUGCCCAGCUGCGCCCCUAUCAGGACAGGCAUAGCCUAACUUCUGCAAACUAUGCUCUGGUAACCUUUAGUUUAGAUUAUUGCAACCCAUUAUAUGUGGGGUUGCUUCUGAAGAUGGUUCGGAAUCUUCAGCUGGUGCAGAAUUCAGCAGGUAAAGGUAAAGUAAGGGACACAGGUGGUGCUGUGGUCUAAAUCACUGAGCCUCUUGGGUUUGCUGAUCGGAAGUUUGGCAGUUCAGAUCCCCACAACAGGGUGAACUCCCACUGCUCUGACACAGCUCCUGGCAACCUAGCAGUUCGAAAGCACACCAGUGCAAGUAGACACAUACAGUAGGUACCAUUGCGGCAGGAAAAUAAAUGGCAUUUCUGUGCGCUCUGGCUUCUGUUGCGGUGUUUCCAUUGUGCCAGUAGCAGUUUAGUCAUGCUGGCAACGUGACCCGGAAAGCUGUCUGCAGACAAAUGCCAACUCCCUCGGCCUGAAGCAAGAUGAGCGGCACACCCCAUAGUCGCCAUCCAAGGUCCUUUGCCUUUACCUAGAGGGCAGCAACAUGAGAAUGGCUGGGGUAGCUCCCUGCUUAUGGAAUGCUCUCCCAGGGGGGCUCACCUGGCAACUUUGUUACAUAUCUUUAGCUGCCAGGCAAGAACAUAUUCCUCUCCUCCCAGGCCUUUGGCUGAUUAAACAAUCUAUGGCCUUUUAAAUGGUGGGUGGUGGUUAUUGUUUUUGUUUGUUACUAUCUAUUGUUUGUUACUAUCUAUUGUUACUAUACUAUCUAUUUUUGUGUUUUUACAUUGACAACUGCCCUGUGAUCCUCAGAUGAAUGGGAGUGUACACAUGUUAUAGAUAAUAAUAAUUCACAUGAACAUCACAAAUAACUGUGGCUAGGCUCUCUCUUUCUAAGACAAGCUGUCACCGGCACAUUGACCUGAACGGAUGGAAGAUGGUUAGAAGCACAAUUCUGGGGGAACUGAAACUGUGGGGCAGGAGGGUGAGGGUUAAAAACUGCAUGUAAGGCUAGUUAAUAGAGAAUUUCAAUUGUGUAAAUGCUGCAUCAAUUGCUUUUUUCUAAUUUUAAAAAAUAUCUUUAGGGCGAAUGCUUCUAUCAAGGAUACAUACAAGGGUUCCCAAACUCUGUUGCAAUACUCAGCACCUGUUAUGGGCUCAGGUAAGAGAUUUCAACAGCCUAAAUCAAUUAUCUGUCAACCCUAGCAGCAACCUGUCUCUGGCAUAAUCCAGGCACCAGAUGUUUCACAAAAGUACAUGCAGUAUAUGUCCUGUCUCUCCCAUCCCCAUCAUUGUUCUUCACACUCCUGACUUUGUUGAGUGGAAGUUUACAGCAGCCCAAGAUAUUUACUCUUCUCUGAGCAGUGGAAAGUUCCCAGGUGUGGGGCCUACCCAGGUUUGGUCUCCUUUGGAAGGAAAUCACUGUAGACUUACUUGGUUUUGUAAUAUUUGAGCUUAUUUACAAACAUGCAGGCUGAGCAUAAGCAUAAGUGGAGGCCCUGCUUAAGCAUUCCAGCAGACAGCCAAAUACCCUGUAUGAGGUAUCCAGAGGAGAUGGCCAGCACCCUCAGAUACUAGCAAACUCCAGCGAUUGGCAGUCCUUAUGCCAGCCUUUUGCUUCUCUAUAAUGUCUUCUUGGAAUAAUUUAGGGCUUAUCCACACUUACCUUUCCUCUGCUCUUUGUUGACACAGCUCACAAUUUAAAGCUCUGUGUCUGAGCACCUGUUUUUAGCUUUGGAGCAUUCCCUGUGAAAACACACUCUUUAAAGCUCAACUGGAGCAAAUGUCAGUCAGUGGAAAACCCAAAUGGAUGUUUGCACUGAUUCAGCUUUAACAAGUGUGUCCCCCCCCCCGGCAAAUGCUUGGGGUGGGCAGGAAACUGCUCUGACAUGGAGCGUUAAAGCAGUGGACCGAUGCCUGAAAGAGUGGGACCAAAGAUAAGUGUGGCUAAGCCCUGUCCUUUAUGAUUUAUUGCUUCUCCGUCCAGUUACGCUCCCGUUGCGAGCGUCUGCCAGCUUCUUGUUUUUCAGCGUAAGCACAGGAGAAAGCAAACGUAGCAGAAUGCACAGCAAAAUGUGAGAAGGACAGUAAAUCUGUCCAAACAGCUUUUUCUAUCCUAGAAGCUUUAUUGUACAGCAAAUAGCUUAUUUACAAUUCAUCAAAGACCAUCAGUGUCCAGCUGCAUUUUCUCUGACUCCUCACAUCCUCAGUGCAGCGACCGAUCUGAAAUCGAAAGCACUCUCUCACAGCAUAACAAGCUGUUGACAUAACGUCCUGGCUUACUUCCUUUGUAAGCCCUUCCCCCCUCAAGCUCGAGACACAGAAGGUUAACCCUUCACUACACCCAACACCCCCUCUUGUCCCGCGCCUGAGGGGGGGAUAUUGACCCUUGGUCACCCCAAACCCAGACCUUCGCAAAACUCCCCGUGUCUUUGGACGGAGAGUGGCUUCGUGAACCCAUCAGCGAGGUUCUUGGUGGAGGGACAUUACUUCAACGCAACUAACCCCUCCUGAACACUCUGACACACAUUCUGAAAGCGAAUGUCUAGGUGUUUGGUCCUGGCCUUGAAUUGACCCGUCUCGGCCAAACGAAGGCAUGGCUGAUUGUCUUCGAAGACAAGUAUCGGCAGACAAUCUGUUCCACAGAGUUCCUGGACCAAACAAGCAUAGAACUCUACCUCUCUGCACACCUCUGAAAGAGCACUGAACUCAGCUUCAGUGGAUGAGAGCACUAUAAGACUCUGCUUCUUGGACCUCCAUCCAACUACCGAGUUCCCAAACUUCACCACUAGACCAGACACGGAUUUGCGAUCCUGAAGAUUAGCCUAGUCCGAGUCCACAAAACAAGUCAGUUUGACUUCACCUUGCACUGGUAGCCUAAGACAAAAGUCUUUGGUUUCCUGCAUAUACCUCAGAACUCUCUUGAUGCCAUUCCAGGCUUGCAUACUAGGGUUUGAGGCUUCCCUGCUGAGCAGAUUGACAGCAAACACUAUAUCUGGUCUGCUCCACUGGGACAAGUACAGCAAACUCCCUAGGGCUGACUGAAACACUUCAGCAUUUUUGAACACAGUGUGUUCUACUUGCUGACUAUCCUUCACAAAACUAGUCUCCAUAGGACUUCUCACUCCCGCACAAUCACUCAUCCUGAAUUUCUGAAGCAGCUGCUCAAUUUUGCCUCUCUGGCUGAGCAAAAAGCUCCCAUCUUGUGCUUUGACAACAUCUACACCUAAAUAGGUCUUGACAGCACCAAGCUGCUUAAGCUUGAACCGUUUACCUAGCUCUCUGGCAAACUUUUCUGCCUGUUUAUCUGUCUCUGAAAAGAAUAAGACAUCAUCAAUGUAAAUCGGCACGUAUUCUUGUGUUGCACCUGAUCCUCUCAAAUAAAGGCAACUAUCAGCAACACUUCUUCUGAAACCUAGCUCUUCUAAGGCUUCAUUCAGGCACAUGUUCCAGUUUCUGGCUGAUUGACAUAAUCCAUAGAUGAAUUUGUGCAAUCUCCACACAACACCCUGCCUCAAAAUCUCAAACCCCGGAGGAGGAAGCAUGUACAGCUCCUCCUGGAGAUCUGAGUUCAGGUAGGCAACAUCCACAUCAACGUGGUUUAUCUUCCAGCCUCUCUGUGCAGCAACAGCUAAAAGCGUCCUCAGAGUCUCUGCUCGUGAAGUUGGUGAAUACAUCUCAGUGAAGUGUAUUCCCUUUCUCUGAGUGAAUCCACGAGCAACUAACCUAGCUUUAUACUGCGGUUCUCCAGCGUCAGUGGGUUUAAGGUGGUAAACCCACCUGCAACUCACAGCCUGCUUGCCCGGUGGCAACUCUGUGAGUGAGAACACACCUAGGUCUUCCAUGGACCUCAUCUCUUUGUCCAUUGCCUUGUGCCACUUACUUGCUUCUUCCUGAGGUAGACUCUGAACAUCCUCAAAGGAUUCAGGUUCACAUCUGGCUGCACCUACCCAGACGCCUGAAGCGUCAUACCGAUCAGGAGGCCUCCUUGUCCUCGCUGAUCUCCUCAGUGUGAACCCUGGUGUCCCUUCUGACUCACUGGGACCAGCUAAAUCAUCCUCAACUUCAGUGUCCUCCCCCUCUGACCUGCUGCGCCUCUUGGGCCUUACAACUGGUCCAGCAGGUGAGGAAGGCUCACUCUUUGGCUCAGACUUGACACUUACCUGAGGAGGUGUUCUAGGUUCCCCCCUCUGAGGGAUCCUGAGCUGUCCCUGCCUUGGACUCUAUCCCUGUGGUGGACCCUGUUGCUCUGGACCACGGUCCCCAGCAGCAAGUUCCUCCUCCUCCUCCUCAACGUCUGAGUCAUAGAACGGCUGUGAAAUCACGUCUGGAUUAGCGUGCAAACGUAACCAUCCAGCUUGUUCACAGAACUCAGCGCUAUUGCUGAUCACCAACCUUGACUGGUUUCCACUUGGGUACGCAAACCGCCAGGCCUUGGAGCAAGGCUCAUACCCAACAAAGAUCAUUCUUUUGGAUCUUGGCUCACCUUUCUUGCGUAGAGCCUUUGGAAUAAGAACCCAGGCCUCACAACCAAACACACGAAGGUAGUGCACCUUGGGUUUCUUUCUAUGCAGCAAGAAAUAGGGUGUGUUCCCUACACUUGAGUUGUACACUCUGUUCUGCGUAUGCACCACAAAUCGCCAGUACUUCUGGGGUAGCCCUGCAUCCCAUAGUACAGACGACACCGCUUCCUGUAUCGUCCUGUUUUUCCUCUCCGCUACUCCAUUUUGCUGCGGAGAGUAAGGAGCGGUCAAUCGGUGGCUAAUCCCCUUCUCCCUAAAGAAAUCCUGCAAAGCAGAACCAGUGAACUCCGAACCUCUGUCACUUUGAAAGCCACACACUUUGGUGGAGAAGGUUACCUCAACUGCGGUGACCCAAUCCCUGAUCAGCUUAGCCGCCUCCCCUUUAGAGCGUAAAGCAAAUGUCCACACAUUUCUCGAGAAAUCAUCAAUCAGAAGCAGAGAGAACUUUGACUCCCCCAAUGACUCAACUGACAUGGGGCCACACAAAUCUGCAUGAAUUAACUCAAAGGGUUGAGUGGUCUGUCUGUCUGACUUUGGAUAAGAGCAUGUGACAAUCUUGGCUUGCUUACAAGCAUUACAAUCCAAGAACCUGUCACAAGCCUUAAAUUUGCACCCCUGUGUCAGUUCAGGUGCCUUCUGGAUAAAUCCCCAAUUCAUAUGGGCAAAUCGCCUGUGCCAGAUAUGUGGACAACCAUCGUGGGGCGCUACAUUCACACAUUGCCCCUUUGCAUCUUUGGUGUCAUCCUCUUCUGUAGAAACAGGCAACUCUACAACAAACAAAUUGCCUUUCGCCUGCACUGUGUACAAGUGCUUCCCAUUCUUGGAAAACUCACAUUGGGUACCUGCAAAAGACACACAAAAACCAUCAGCAAGUAAAUCAUGCACACUUAACAAACAAUUGGCUAAGCCUGGCACCACAUAAGCUUUGACCUUAUGUUUAAGAAAGGAACAGUAAAAAUGUCCUGACUGUGUCAGCCUUCUUCUACUCCCAUCAGCAAGGGUGACGUAUUUGUCAGUUUUUACUGUCCUGCAGUUCCGCAAAAAACCAGCAGAUGGAACUAAAGUGUUUGUGGCUCCAGAGUCAAUGACGACAGUCAGAGUGUCUGGUUGUUGACAUUCCUGAAGCAUUGCCAUAGCAACACUCUCUUUGCUGCCCCCCUCAUUGGGGCCUCUGCAGAUGUCCUGUCUGGUUGCCAUGGCAACAGACCCCCCCCAGCAGGGACACUUGCCCACGACCUUCACAGCUUCUAUAGAUGCAACUCUCUCAGUUGCCUUGGAGACUGGACUUCUCCUGGCGUUCUCACGCAGCUCCGAAGCUCUUAUCAGAGGUUGCUCCAGAUGGCUGGCCUUGAAGCCUACAGUAGCACUCAGCUUCCCAUGGCUAGGCUCCAGCUCACGGCGUAAACAACACUUGGCAGCUUUUGGAGAAAGAGGCUUCUCUGAGCAUUCACUGCUCACUGCCCCCCCCCCACUGCUCACAGGGCUUCCAGGACCUUUGCCUGCACCCCCUCUGAUGGGUGUAGGGCUUCCGAAUCUUAGCCUCUCUCCUGGCUCCUCACACAGACACGUUACAGCAUCCAAACUGCUCCCAGGCACAGCAAAAGCACCAGCAGCAGUCACAGCAACAGCAACAGUCCCUUCACCCCCUCCUUGGGGGCUCAAAGCUCCUCUCAGCUUUCGAUGAGCUUUCAAGAAACUGGCCGGCGCCAUCUUGGUUCUCCCCCUCUGGUGCAGCCACCUCUCGGCCCUUGCUUCCCACCCCAGCUUCACAAGCUUUUCGGAGGGAUUCCCAAGCGACCCUUGGCUGUCUGGCACCCUGUAGGACUGGAAGAAGAUAAGCUUCCACACUUUCAGCCAAAAUUCUAAGCACACGCUGCUCCAUUUCAUUUUGAACUGCAGCCUUCUCUGCCUUUGCUUUCCCAGCUGCAGGCUGUGGGGGUUGGACCAAGUGCCAUAACUGCUCUCCCACCAGCAGGAAUUCCAUUGCAAAAGACCAUUCCAGCCAAUUAUGGCUACUCAGUCUCUGACACGGCAUCUUAAACUCAAAGCCAUGUCCCUGGGGCUUUGCCAUGCUUUCCCUUUCCCUUCUUUGGCUGGAGUACUCACUCAUUCUUGCCAACUGGGUGUUCCGGAAAGUCUUGGCUCCAAUGCUCCCUCUCCGUCAGCCUCCUCCGAUCUGCCCUUUGUUCUUUUUGGCAGUCGAUCAAGCCGACGUCCAGUCUUUUAAAGCCUUUCAAGUCCUUUCUCACACUCUUGGCGUUGAGCCAUAACCUGUCCUUUAUGAUUUAUUGCUUCUCCGUCCAGUUGCGCUCCCAUUGCGAGCGUCUGCCAGCUUCUUGUUUUUCAGCGUAAGCACGGGAGAAAGCAAAUGUAGCAGAAUGCACAGCGAAAUGUGAGAAGGACAGUAAAUCAGUCCAAACAGCUUUUUCUAUCCUAGAAGCUUUAUUGUACAGCAAAUAGCUUAUUUACAAUCCAUCAAAGACCAUCAGUGUCCAGCUGCAUUUUCUCUGACUCCUCACAUCCUCAGUGCAGCAACCGAUCUGAAAUCGAAAGCACUCUCUCACAGCAUAACAAGCUGUUGACGUAAUGUCCUGGCUUACUUCCUUUGUAAGCCCUUCCCCCCUCAAGCUCGAUACACAGAAAGUUAACCCUUCACUACACCCAACAAGUCCUUAGUUUUCAAAGGAAGAGCAUCAUCAAAGGGCAGCCAAGGGGAAAGGGUGGAGCAGGAUGUGUUCAAGGGACUGAGAGUGUUCAAGGUGAGACAAAAGUCAUGGGCAGGAUUUUACUGGGACAUGAGCACCGAGAAGUGGAGGUGAGGUGCAAGAUUAGGGAUGGGAGUUUGUUUGGGAGCGAUCAGAAAGCCACUGAGUGUGAGGUGGGGUAUUGUGUGCUCAGAGCGUAAAGGGAGUAAUGAAAAACAUUAUUAGCAUCCCACAAUGGGUUUGAGGUUAAUUAAGCUCACUUUCCCCUUCAUGGAUCACUGCCUUGCCGUGGCGAAGGGGCUUGAAUAACUCAGAGAAGCUAUGAGCUAUGCCGUGCAGGGCCACCCAAGAUGGACAGGUCAUAGUGGAGAGUUCUGACCAAACGUGAUCCACCUGGAGCAGGAACUGGCAAGCCACUCCAGUAUUCCUGCCAAGAAAACUCCAUGGACAAAGACAACAGGCAUAUAAAAGUUAUGCUGACCAAACUGUGGGAGGCAGUGGAAGACAGGAGUGCCUGGCGUGCUCUGGUCCAUGGGUCACGAAGAGUGGGACACGACUAAACGACUAAACAGCAGCAGCAACAACAACAACAAGCUCACUUUUCCUGUACAGUGGUACCUCGGGUUAAGUACUUAAUUCGUUCUGGAGGUCCGUUCUUAACCUGAAACUGUUUUUAACCUGAAGCACCACUUUAGCUAAUGGGGCUUCCCACUGCCGCUGCGCUGCCGGAGCACGAGUUCUGUUCUCAUCCUGAAGCAAAGUUCUUAACCUGAGGUACUAUUUCUGGGUUAGCGGAGUCUGUAACCUGAAGCGUAUGUAACCUGAAGCAUAUGUAACCCGAGGUCUCCUUGAACCUUGGCUAGUACUUUCUAUUUUUUCCAGAGGGCUGUUGCAGUUUGAGAAUGUCAGCUAUGGAAUUGAGCAUUUGAAAUCCUCAGCUAAUUUUGAGCACCUGAUUUAUCAGAUAAACAACAAAAACCUCCAGAGUCCACUUAGGAGAGAAGAUUUGACAUCUACAGAAAGACAACUGGGGAGUGAAGGCAUGCCUUAUAAGCUGCUCUCAGAUACUGUGGUAAGUGCUAAGAGGUUUAUUUCAUUCUUAAACUGGCCUUUAGGAGUAAUUACCAUCAAUAUUCAUUUUUUAUUUGGAGUCCUCCCUGAGAACUCAGAUUAGUAGGCUUACAAUACAGAUGCAAUGCACAGCCUGAAAAAAGUGGGGCAGCUUGAUGCAGGCUUGGUUCUAGUAAUCUGCUGCUAACGUUAAGCCAUUUUGCAUUAUAAAAGCUCCGGGGACCAAAAUACAAAAAUGAUUACUAAAUGUGAUUUAUUUUGUCUUUCCUCAGCCACUGUCAGAUGUCACUAAACUACACAGAUACAUAGAAAUAUAUAUCGUUUUGGAUAAGGGUUUGGUAAGUUACUGACCACGAGAAACACAUCUUCUUAAAUUGCAAAGGCAAUUCAUUGAACCAGCCUGGUGUUGUGCAUGUGGGAAUGUUCAGGGAGGCAAGAGAGGAUAUAUUGUUUAAUGAUAUCCUUCCUAACUUGUGUUAGCAAGUUCUAUAUCUAAGCAGAGUUUCAACAUUCCCUUUUCAAACACACAACUUGUUGCAGGCUAGUUUUAGCCUCUAAAUAUAUAGGAUUCCUGGUAAGAUCCCUUCUUUCUUUUUUCCAAAAAAAAAAUAUUCAUUUGAUAACACAAAUAAACAGCACUAACAGAAAAAAACAAACAAACAAUACAAACAAAUUCUUGUCUUAUCCUUGUCUUAUCCUUGCUCACAUUGUUAGGUGAGCUUCCCCAAGUCCUCCCUAUCUGAUUUUCAUUUUACCUCAUCCUUAGCAGUUUAUAGAUAUCAUAAUUUUUAACCAUGUUUUAAAAUCACACUUACCGUAUUUUUCGCCCUAUAGGACGCACUUAUCCCCCUCCAAAAAUGAAGGGGAAAUGUGUGUGCGUCCUAUGGGGCAAAUGCAGGCUUUCGCUGAAGCCUGGAGAGCGAGAGGGGUCAGUGCGCACCGACCCCUCUUGCUCUCCAGGCUUCAGGAAGCUAUCUGCAAGCCUUGGGAGCACGUGGGAGUUCCCACAGGGCUCCCCACGGCUUGCGGAGAGCUGCCUGCAUCCCGAAACCUGGGCGCGCUGAGCAGUCGGGCCCGGGCUUCGGGUAGCUCUCCGCAAGCCGUGGGAGGGCUCCCACAGCUUGUGGAGAGCAGCCUAUUAUGGGUGAUGGGGUCGGGGGAAGCUCACGCCUGGGGGGGAAAUAAAAAUAUUUUUCUUUAUUUCUCCCCCCAAAAACUGGGUGCGCCCUAUGGGCCGGUGCGCCCUAUGGGGCGAAAAAUACGGUACUUUUAGCAUAAAAAUCUUCACAUUUUAUCCCUUACAUAUAUUUAUACUCUGGUUUCUCUUCAGAUCGUAUAAAUCUUUCGCCUUUUACAUAUAAUACUAUUUUAAAAUACACUGUCUUCUACUUCUACCCUACAGCCUAUAUCCACUUCCAAAGCUAUUCUAAUUUAAAUAUUAACAUUUUUUUUCAAAUAUUCUUUAAACUUCUUCCAAUCUUCUUCCGCCGUCUCUUCUCUCUGGUCCUGGAGUCUCCCAGUCAGUUCGGCAAGUUCCAUAUAGUCCAUCAUCUUCAUUUGCCGUUCUUCAAUAGUUGGUAAAUCUUAUUUCUUCCAAUUCUUCACUAGUAAUAUUCUUCCAGCUGUUGUGGCAUACAGAAAAAAAGUAAGAUCCUUUUUGGGGAUUUCACCCCCCACUAUACCAAGUAAAAAGGCUUCUGGUUUCUUAAUAAAUGUGUUUUUAAAAACUUUUUUCAGUUCAUUAUAAAUCGUUUCCCAUAAGUCUUUUACCUUGUGUCAGGACUGGUCGUUGUCCUCUUCAGAUCACCACACAAACGCUUCUUGUUCUUUUAUAACUUUUUAUUGUGUAUUAACAAAAUAAUCUUAUAAACAGUUCUUAACUAUUAUUCCUCAGAGUCACUUAUUUCAGAUACCUUCUGAGCUCUGCUUCUCCGUGACCAGCCACCCUCAAAAUGGCGAAGGCACCUUUCCCUUCGUUUUCCCGCUCUUUUUCCUACCCUCCUGGCUAGAGCUGGCCUGUAUCUCCCCUCCUCCGAAUCUGAGCUAGAACUUAACCCUUGCCUUUCCUGUGAACAGCCGGUCCCUCCCUGUUGUUCCUCUUGCUCCCUUCUAUUAGCUUCACUGCUGUCCCUCCCCCCUUGGGGAAUGCUUUCUCCCUCUGAUAAACUGGAAACUUCUAACUCUUCUCUGACACCUUGGGGCACGUCCACCACAUGUGGUAAAAGGUUCCUUCUUUUUCCUUACAUUUCCAGCAUUUAUUAUCAUGAGUAUGAUACAUUUUUGCUAACUUCCCUGGUGUUAAGUACAAUAUAUACAUCACUUUCACCAAAUUUUCUCUUAAUACACUACAUUCUGUAAAUUGGAUUCCUUUUUUCCCACAAUUUCUCACAGUCCACCAUCAUAAUAUUGUGCCCCACAUCCCUAGCCCAUUCAAUCAUUACAGAUUUCACUUGUUCAUCUUUCGUAUGCUAUUCCAGUAAUAAAUUAUACAUCUUGGACAAGUUUUUCAUUUUUGUAUCUAAUAAUUCCAUUUUCAGUUUGGAUUUCUCUGUUUGAAAACCAAUUUUCUUAUCCACUUUAAAUGCUUCAUUUAUCUGGAUGUACUGGAACUAAUCAUCUAAUUUAUCUUUCAACUGAUCAUAAGAUUUCAAUGUAAAUUGGUCCCCUACUUCCAUCAAAAUAUCAUUAUACUUCAACCAUGUGGCUUUCAUAUUCAACCUUUUAUGGGUCUUAGCUUCCAAUGGUGUUUUCCUUUCUAACAAAUCCUUAUAUCUUAUCCAAACAUUGUACAAAGAUUUUCUAAUUAUAUGAUUUUUAAAUCCUUUGUGAGCUUUUAUCUUAUUAUACCAUAAAUAUGCAUGCCAACAUUAUCAAAACCUUCCAAAUCUAAAACAUCUGUAUCUUCCAACAAAAACCAUUCUUUCAACCAGCAAAAGGAUGCUGCUUCAAAGUAAAUACUUAAAUUUGGCAGGGAGAAACCCCCUCUCUCUUUCACAUCUGUUAAUAAUUUAAACUUAAUUCUGGGGUUUCCCCCCCUGCCAGAUAAAUUUAGAUAAUACCUUUUGCCAUUCCUUAAAACAAUUCAACUUGUCAACUUGAAACAAAAAUAACAACUUAGGCAAUACAUUCAUCUUUACCGCUGAAAUUCAGCCCAACAAAGAUAGUUUCAACCUUGUCCAGAUAUCCAAAUCUCUUUUGAUAUCCUUCCAUAACUUUUCAUAAUUGUCUUUAUACAAAUUCAAAUUUUUGCAGUCAUAUUUACACCCAGAUACUUCACCUUUUUCGCAAACUUCAGCCCUGUGGUUUCCUCUAAAUUAAGUUUUUCCUGUAUCGUUAUUUUUUUCCUCUAAGACUUUGGUUUUAUUCUUAUUCAAUUUGAAACCUGCAACUUGUCUGAACUCUUGAAUUAUCUUCAGUGCUUUGAUUGCACUGGUCUCAAGGUCCUGUAAAGUCAGUACCAAAGGCUUUUAACUUAUAUUGUUUAGUUCCCACUACUAUGCCUUUAACUUCCUCAUCCUUCCUUAUCAUGUUAAACAGCACCUCUAGGACAGAAAUAAAAAGCAGGGGGGGAAGUGGGCACCCUUGUCUGGUUCCCUUUUCAAUCCUAAUUUCUUCUGAGACCACAUUGUUAAUUAUAAUUUUUGCUUUCUGCUCAAAGUAAAUUGCAUUAAUACCAUUUUAAAAGUUUUGACCGACCCCCAUAUUACAUAAGUUUUGCUUCAUAAAGCUCCAAGAAACAUUAUCAAAGGCUUUCUCUGAAUCAAUAAACAUUAACAUUGCUUUAGUUUUCCUUUUUACCUCUAAUCUCUCCAACACAUCCACUUUGUUCCUAAUAUUAUCUUUCAUAUGCCUCUCAGGUAGAAAGCUUGAUUGAUCUUUAUGUAUGUGCUUAUUCAAAACUUUCUUCAAUCUUGUAGCCAAAAUAUUUGCAAAUAUUUUAUAAUCCACAUUCAACAAAGAAAUUGGUUGGUAGUUCUUUACUUGAGCUCUGUUUGUGUCCGGUUUGGGUAUCAGAGUGAUGGAUGCCUCUUUCCAGGACUCGGGUGCUUUGUCCCCCUGUAAUAUCUUGUUACAAACAUCCAUCAAUGGUUGUAUCAGCCAAUCCUUAAAUUUAUUUUAUAAUAUUUGGAUGUUAAGCCAUCAGGUCCCGGUUCUUUGCCUAUUUGCAUUUGGGCAAUUGCCCCUUCAACUUCUUGUCUUGUAAUCAGUUCAUUUAGUAGGUUCUUUUUAUCCGCUGGAAUUUUCUGCAAUCCAUUUUUGUCCAGAAGCUGUUCCAUUUUUUCCUUUUCUUCUUUUUCUUUUUUGUAAAGCUGUUUAUAGUACUUUUGAAAGCAUUUUCGAAUCUCUACUGGGUUCUCAAUAUUCUUUCCAUCCUCCAUAAUAUUAAUUAUUGUAAUCUCCUUCAGUCUCUUUUUCAAUUGCCAAGCCAAUAAUUUUCCGCAUUUAUUUGCCGAUUCAAAAGUCUUUUGUUUCAUCAAUUUAAUUUUCCAUUCAAUUUCUUGAUUGACUAUUUGUGAAUACUGAGAUUGUAACGCCUUAAUCUCCUUUUGAAUCUCUUGAUUUUUUGGAUUACAUCUCAGUUUUUUCUCUUUCUCCUUUAAUUGAGACAGGAUUUUUUCCUUUUGCUCAUUCUGUGCUUUCUUCCUGAUAGAAUUCUGUUGAAUCAGGAAACCUCGCAUUACUGCUUUACUUGCAUCCCAUACGACCCUUGCUUCAAUUCCAGGAUUCAAAUUCAACUCAAAAUAGUCCUUUAGGGUCUUCUGAGCUUUAUUUACAAUCAAAUCAUUUCUCAGUAAAGCAUCAUUCAUCCGCCAUCUAAAAGAACCCUCUAGAGACAAUUUUAACUUUGUCAACACAGCAUUAUGAUAUGACAAAUGAUUGGGCAAAUCUCAGAUUUAGUCACUCUUGGGGUCAAGUCUUUAGUUAGCCAUAUAUAAUCCAGACGGCUACAUGAUAGAUUUGCAUCUGAAAAAAUAUUUCUCCAUUGGAUUCCUCAAUCUCCAAAUGUCCACCAGGUCAAAAUUGUCCACCAUCUCAAAAAAUGUAUUUGGUAGCCUCCCAUCAUUAGUAAGUGUCAGCUUACCAGCUGCAGCGCGUUGCUGCUCUCAGCAGAGAAAGCACUCCAGGCAGCCAGCCAUAAAUUCCAUUCUUUAUUUCCUUCUGACAAGAUUACAGGCAGAAUAAACAAAGCGAUCCGUCUUUCAUGACACGUUGGUUCGACUGGUUUCUUUUUCCCCUUGCCCUCGAGACCAGCACAGCCAACGGCCCAGCCCCUUCCAUCUUUCCCUGUGAUGUGGAUCCCCCUCUCUCAGAAGCACCCCCUCCUGCUCAGACUCACUUUCCUCUUCUCUGUUCCUGUAUCCUCCCUUUAUCUCGUUCCCUGUAUCCUCCCUUUCCUUCCUCCCUUGCGGCCUGCAGUUCCCUGACAGUAAGUUUUUGCCUUUGGGUUCUAUCCAUCAUUGUUGUUCAAAUCCCCCAUCAAGAUAAUUUUGUAAUCCAGGUAAUCCAUAAAGGUGGCCUACAUUUUUUAAAAAAUGAUAUUUAUUGAGAAUUUUAAAAUUAAACAGAAAAAAGAAAGAAAAGAGAAGAGAAGAGGAAAAAGAAAGAAAAAAGUAGAUAAACAUAACAAUUAAACAAUACAGAUCAAUAAAAACCAAAGUCAAUAAAUAAAUAAAUAAAUAACAAAACACACAAUAUAUCUAAAUCAAAAAACAAAAAUAAACAAACAAUUAAAAAACAAAUCUAAUAUUCCCAAAUCCUUAACUUUCAUUAACUUAUUUCAACGACCUCCUCACACCUCCCUUUUUUGUAUUCUAGUUGUUAAUUAUCUCAGCAAAUCCUUUCCAUCUUUCACAAUAUUCUGUCAUUUAAAUUACCUUAAUCUAUUUUAACCUUAUCUUACCUAAAAAACCCUAAAACUUAAAAUUUAAAACAUAUAUACCAAACUUUUUUAACCAUAAUAUAUUCUUUCAUAAUUCUUUUUGACAUUUCUGCUGAAGCCAAAUAAUUUCAUUCCAACAUUUUUCUAAUACUCAUUAAUUUUAUAAUACUUUUCUAAAUAAAUUUUUAAACUUUCUUCCAAUCUUCAUCCAUCGUCUCUUCUUCCUGGUCUUGGGUUUUGUCAGUCCUUUCUCGUCUAUCUAAUCCAUCAACCUGGUGCCCUUAUGUCCGAGGCUCUUAAAUCUUUUCCAUGUCCCUUCUGCAGGUCUUUUUCUUGUUUAUACCUGCCCUUUACUUUAUCUUUUGUUGAUCUUUUUCUUAUUUUCUUUCCUUUCUCAUUGGGGGGGGGUAGGUCUCAGGAGGACUCCAAUCCAAAAGUAUCUUCAUCUCUCCUCAGCAGAUCAGCCCAUUCCCCACAGUCCCAUUCCCCACAGUCAUUCACUAUAAUCCAGAAAGUAGUUAAAAGCAUGUUUCAAAGUCUUUCCAAAGUUAAGAGCCCUCACAACUCCAGACCCCCCCUGGUCCACUCCAGAUUCGAACUUCAAGAACAGCGGCUUAUACUCCUGCAAGGCCUCAGGUCUCUCCAUUUGUGUUAUUUGAGGUUCAACAACAACCUCCUCCAUUUUCUUCUGCCCUUGCGCUUGCCCUAUCAAAACAGAUUCCUGGGCUGGUUCCUGAGUGGUUUCUAUAUAGGUAUUCGCCGUUUGUCCAAAGUUUUUAACUGCAACAGUCAUCAAAUCCAUCUUCUCAUGCAUCUGCUCCAGCAAAGCACUUGUCUUGCAAAAAGCAAGCACCAAAACUUCUUGUAAACACAUUUUUCCCCCCAAGGUUAGAGUCUGGUCUCACGAUCCUAAUCAUACAGCUGUGAGGUCCGCAGAUCAGCUCCGGCAACAAAUUAACAAGCUCCCUCUAGAGGAGACACUUUCUAUUUGUAUCCAUCUUUUAAAAGCAGGACCAACAAGGAAAAAUUACUUUCACUUUUCAAAUACCUUGUUUCUUUUGAUUGCAAGAAGCAACAUUGGAAUCAAUAUAUUUCUCUCUCUCUUUUUUUUUAAACUAUCUAUCAAAAGUUCACAGUCAAUGAACUUCCCCCAUAAAUUUCUGUCUCUGACACCCCGUUCCCAGGUUUGAGACGGUGGAAAAUUUAUCUUUCUUUACUCUCUCUCCUGCAGGCUUAAACAGUCAAAAAUCCCCCUCUUUUCUCCUGCUUCCAAGAGGGGUUUUGGUGGUGAUGAAUGAAGGAGAUUUACAACUUUAUAUACGACUUUCCAGACUUUAGCUUACAAAGUUUUUGCUUCAAUCUAUUUACAAAAAACGGGAGGCGGACUUCCUGUUUAGAACCUUCCCAUUUCGGUGCCAAAUUAAGAUAUUUCUUAAUACUUAAUCCAAUUUUUCGUCCUACUCACGGGUACUUGUUUAGAGUCCAAAUAUCCACAGGAAAAGGUCAGCGCUCUCCGGCAACGGCUGUGCGGCUUCACUCCGUAAAAGUAGCGGUUGAUUCAAAACACCGCGCCACUCACCCCAUGUCGCUUCGGACCCCCGAAAAAGGGUUUCCCUGCGAGUAGGGGAGGCGCUCCUGGUAUCAGCCGAAUCCCACGUUCCCAGGCUUCCUCCGCCUGGGGUUUUUAAAGGGUCUCCGCCUUCGCCGCGGCGGCAAGACCCGAUUUUCACGGAGCGGGUUCCUCUCUGUCAGAGGAACUCCGCCAUUGCCGAUGGCGCUGUCCCGGAAGUCUCAAGGUGGCCUACAAAUUUUUAAAGAAUUCCGAUUUGCCCUCAUUUGGUGUAUAGAUUCCAAGCAUCAAGAGUUUUUGGCCUUGUACUGUCAAUUCCACUGCAACAUAUCUUCCAACUUCAUCCUUAAAGAUCAUUUUGGGACUGAAUUUCUCUUUAACAUAAAUCACAACACCUCUUUUUUUAACCUUAUCUGAAGAGAUAAAUUCCUGGCCUAAUUUUUUAUUUUGCAGAAUGUUCCUGUGGGUUCUUAUUACAUGAGUUUCUUGUAAACAUAUCACAUCUAAAUUCUGUUUUAACAGCACAUGUUGAAUUUUAUUUCUUUUAGGCCGUGCAUUAAGUCUGUUCACAUUCCAAGAUAAAAUUCUUAAUGCCAUAUUAUCUCAAUCCAAAUCUGGAGGUCCGAUUCCUGCCCCAAGUCCUGAUCCUGAUCCCGGACCUGCACCUGUAGCUGAUCCAACUCCUGCUCCUGUGUCAAAUCCAAAAUCACUAACGUUCUUUUCCAAAAAUCUCUUUUCUUCAAUUGACCUGAUUCGAAGUUUCCUUUGCUGGUAUUUAAAUGAAAGGCCUUGUGGAAAUUCCCAUCGAAAGAAGAUAUUGUUUCUUCUCAAUGCACUUGUAAGAUCCAAAUAGUUAUUUCUUUUCGCCAAGAAAAUUUUUGGGAUUUCUUUAAAUAAAACAAUUGAAUGUUGUUGUACUUCAAAAUUCUUCUUGUAAUGCAAUCCCAAAAUUUUAUCUUUUUGAUCCUUUGUUUGAAAGACUACCAGGCAAUCAUUUAAAAUUUUGAGUCCUUUUUUCCUCUGGGUCCAAAUCUAUAGGCCUUUACAGUUGUAGGUUCCACCUCUUCCUUUGUUAGGUCCCAAAAGGACACAAAUUCCUCUUUCAAAUUUCUUUGUUCAAUGUCUGGUAGGCCUCUCAAACGAAGAUAUGUCUCUCUUUCCUUAAGUUGUAAAAAAGCUAUUGCUGUUUGGGCCUCUUCCUGUAAUUCUUUUAAGUCUGAAAGUUUAACAGCUUCAAUCUCUGAUAGUCUUUUCUGUAAACCUACAGCUUCUGAUUUAACCUCUUGGAGAUCUUUGCACAGAAUUCCAAAGUCUUUUUUAAAUUCCUGGAGACAGAGCCUAUUAGCUCUGACCUCUGUUGCAAGACGCUGCAGACCCUGCUUAUUAUCUUUCAUAAACUCCAAUAUUUGCUCUUGGAAAGCCUGGUCUUUAGAGUCUCUUCUUGUUUGUGGCUUUUUCCCAGGCUCACCCACCAUAGCACCGCUAGUAACUCAGAUUUCCAAAGUCAAAGAUACUUUUAUUUCAAAACAGUCAGGAGUAAUGAGCUGGAAGUCAGACAACAGCUCCAGUUUGCAAGACAAGUCAGUUAAAAUACAGUCCCAACUUUUCCAAGCUGCCGUUCUUAUUUAUUUUCCUUUUUCACUCCUCAAGCAAUUCAGAUAGAGGUAUGUUGCCAGUUUUCACUUUAAGGGUUAAAAUGUUUCAGUUUGACCGCUGCAGCAACUUCAAAAUAUCCAAGUAGGAAACGAAAGUAACAAGCAUGCCUUCUAUUGUUACAUCACAAUGGCUGUUUGCCACUCUGACUGGGUCACCGCUUCCAGAGAGUCAAGCAGCUUUAAACAUACAUUUUUAAGAGCUUUUGCAGGUAUUUCAGUAAUGUUAAAUCCUCUUUCCCCCUUCACCUGCUUUUGGGGGGUUAAUAGAUCCAGUCUUUGGAAGUUUAAAAGUCUCUAAAUCUUUUCUCUUUGCUUCAGAAACAUCUCUGCUUUCCCAUUCUAUCAGCGGGUAGGGACUGACAUCCAUUUUUAAAUUCCCUUACUCAUGUCCAGAUUGUUCCAAAUUUUAAUCCAAAUAUAAAGGGUACUCAUAGUACAGUCCUUAAAUGAUUUUAGCGUUGGAAAAAUUGAGCACUAAUGCCUCACAGUCUCACAGCUUCGUACCAUCAAAGGAAGCGUUCUAUCCGUUGCGUUGCAGCUCCAACCCCCUCAAUCUCAGAGUUCAAAACAGCUUACCGGGGAGGGGGGAGCCCACUUUUUACACCCACCGGAUCCCGCAUCCUCAUGCUCGACCUCAUGCUCGAUUUGAGGUUUUUCCUGGGGGUCUUUGACUGUGAUAGGGCGCGAUCAACUGGAAGCUCUUCUGGUAGGAUCCCUUCUUGUCCCUCUUAAAAAAAUAAGCACAACAAUCUUAUUAAAGUCAUUAUAAAUGUAGUUUACUCACAUUCAUUCAGUUCACAGUUGGAUCCCUGAAAGCAGACUUACGUUACAAAAGUAUAUUGCAUAUGUGGAAAUACAGUGGUACCUCGCAAGACGAAUGCCUCGCAAGACGGAAAACUCGCAGAACAAAAGGGUUUUUGGUUUUUUGAGUUGCUUCGCAAGACAAUUUUCCCUAUGGGCUUGCUUCGCAAGACGGAAACAUCUUGCAAGUUUGUUUCCUUUUUCUUAAAACCGUUAAUACAGUUGCGACUUGACUUUGAGGAGCAACUCAUAGCACGCGGUGUGGUAGCCUUUUUUGAGUUUUUUGAAGACUUUGGUGAUUUUUGAAGCUUUUCCAAAACUCUUCCGACACCGUGCUUCGCAAGACGAAAAAAACCGCAAGACGAAAAAACUCGCAGAAUGAAUUAAUUUUGUCUUGCGAGGCACCACUGUAUCCCAUAAAGGAGUUAGUUAGUUCUUAAGUGACUGCAAACAAGCAGUCACUUCUCCUCACACGUAGAAAAACAAAAUGGAGAAGAGCCGAAAGAGAGAGAGAGAUGUGCUCCCUGCCUUGCUUUUGUUCCCAGGCAGAGAGGGGGCCGGAUUAGACCAUGCCCUCCUCUAGUCACAUGCAGAGGAAGUUUGUCCCAGCUCAGGAGGAAACAAGAAGUUUUCUUCUGGCUGGUACAAAGCAUCCUCUACCAUGUUCACUCUAGGAAUGUUGUACUUGACUGCUAUGUGUUUCAUAUCCUACAUUGCAGAGGUUUUCAACCUUUUUGAGUCCAUGUUCCCUUGACCAACUACAUUCAUUCUGCAGCUGCCGUGUGGGGAAACACACUCCAAGCCUCAGAAGCCCAGUUAUGUCACCCCUUGCCUGCAGAGUCAGCAGCCUCUCACCCCUUUUCGAACACCCUCCCUUGUGGAGUAUUCCCUCAGCCACCUCUCCUUGGGAGUCCUCCAGGCAGCUGCCGCCACUGCCCCUGGUCUCUGAACUACCCCAAAGAGGCCCUGGGAAGAGGAUGCCCCCAGCCUUAGUAGCCCAGUGAAGACCGGCCAAAGGUGAGCGUGAGGCCAGCACCUUACUCACCUUGGGAGGCAGCCGUGGGUGGCGCUGGGCCUGCAGGGUGGAAAGGCUCCCUUUGGCGCUGGGCAUUCAGCUCCCAGAAAGACAUUGCACACAGCAAGCACAAGAAAGGCCAGCAUGGCACCUGCCUGCCUGGCUUCCUACUUGUUCAGCCAUUCUCAACAAUAAGGGCUGGUGGACUGGCUGGCUGGGCUCCCUCACCCACUUGCUUGCUUACUCUGAGGCCGCCUCAGCUCCUGGCAACCAGCAUCCUCUGGCCAGCCUCAGAGGCUCCAUUUACCUGCGGAGCUUGUAGCCAGGCUGCUGCAACAAACAGCUGUGCAAGCCUUUGGGAGGCAGAGAUGCAAGAGGGCAUCAGAGGAGGGAGGGAAGGUGCCUACAGCACCCCUGACCAUCAUUUAAGGCACCCCAGGGUGCAAUGGCACAUGGGUUGGAAACUGGUGUAGUGGAUAGAGUGUUAGCCUUAGAUGGUGAGAUUUGGCAUAUAGGGUCAACUUGGUCUAGCCAUUUUAUCUCAAUCUAAUCUGGUUUGCAGGGCCACUACUGAGUAUAAAAUGAGAUAACACCGUAUACUCACUUAGCUUAUUAGCAGUAGACUGCAAUUGAAGCAUGACAGGAGGUUGUUGAGGACCCUGAAGACCAUCUCACCCUGCUAAGGUUGUUUGAUUCACUGCUAUCCUACAGAUGCACAUACACAGAAAGGCGAGCUCUAAGAGCAUUCAAAUCACUUCACAUCUCUUUUCCAUAUAUGCCUGGCCCAACGUCUGGUUCAUCUGUCAUAUCAAGUUGCAUUCUGUUGCCAACACUGGCAGUCUACCAUAACUAUUGUCUGUUUUAUUGUUUAUUUUUCCUAUGAUGCACACAACUGUUUUUCUCUCCAGUACAACUUUUUGGGUGGAAGCAGAGAAAUUGUAACCGACGGCAUAGCACAGCUUAUUGGUUUUGUCAACAGUGUAAGUGACUGCCAUGUUUUGUUUUUCUUCUGUAUAACAAGAGCCACUUUGAUGUUUUCACUUGGCUCUCACUCUUAACAGCCUUGUCUUUCAAGCAUCUGUUCUGGCAAAGUAAUUGCAUAGCAUUGGAUGAUAGGAAUACAUGCACACUCAUGAGGUCAUGGCUCGUGAUCUUAUUUCAACAUUACAAUGUUACAUAAAAUGAUUCUCUUGGAAAGGGAGCAUAUAAAUAAUGUAUGCAAAUAAUUAAACACUGAUCAUUAUGUUCUGUUAUAUCAGAUAAUUAGGUCUUGAUCCAGUUAAAUUAGUAUAGAUUACAUUCCAUUUAAAUCGAGACACCACUUAGUUUUGACUAACUUAAACAGCAUGCAUGGUUUCAGUAGUACUUACCCUACAAUAGAAGACAAGAUUGGCAUGUCUGACGCUUUUAGGACAUAAUGUUAAACAAUGGUUUAACACAGGGGUGUAUGGAAUGUUAGGGGAGGGGUAGUACCUCUGGUAGGGGACACAUCAUGCUCUUUCUGGGGUAGUUUGUCCACUUUGGUUGCCACCCUGCACUCAGCUCUCACCCGUGGUUCCUAGAAGCUGUCAGCAUACAACAGUGGCCACACCCCAGGAACAGCUUUGGCUGGCUGGCUAAACCAGGUGAGGGUAGCUAAUGGGUCUCAACCCCUCGGUGAGUUAGGGACUUCCCCUGCAUGCAAAGACAGGCUCCAGCAGACUGAGCAGAUGAGGCCAAGAGGGGGUCCAACAGUCAAGAAGGCAGUUUCUGCAUGUGUUGUAGAGGGAAGUGAGGGGCAGAUGGGGCUCAUCAACCUGGGAAGAAGGAAAACUCUGAUCCUAAACCUCUGCUGCCUUGUGGGAUAUCUUUGAGAGAAGAAAAGGCUAAGGAAUCAACCCUACACAAAUCCAGAGUGGAAUCCCUAAGACAGUUGGAUGGCACCUUGUAUACCUCCUUCCAGCAACUGCUGCAGCUAAGCUCUGCAUCCCUUUGGACCACAUCAGUGAGGCUGAGAGGAGGAUCUUCUCGCCUGGGCAGCCCAGGACCUCCAGACGCACUGCCCAAGCUUGUGUCCCAGGGAGGUCAGUUCGGUGCUGCUAACACAGCGGUUUGACAUCACCCCUGGAGGCACACUCCAUUGUCUCUCGAGACAGAUGAUGCCAACACACAGUUUAGCACAGAGGUGCUCAAAAUGAUGUCCUCCAGCAGUUUGUUAGAUCACAGCUCACAUCUGUCCCAGCCAGCAUGGCCAAUGGUUUAAGAGAAUGGGAGUUCAACAAUGUCUGGAGGGCACCACACUGCCUACCCCUAACACUUCACACUAGUAGCAGUGAACCUUGGGUUCACACACUCUUUAUUUCUCUCCCCUCUUCUGGCACAGCCAUGAGAAGGAGAUCUGAAGCUACUUGCUUCCUAUUUAAAACUAAUUAGAGUUUCUUUUAUGUCUGAACUGGGACCAGGGUGAGGUGGGGUGGAGGAACUCUGUUUAGUUAAAAGUACUGUUUGUUGAAACAAACCAGGAUCAAACCUUGUUGUGGGAUCUUGACUUGUUAACAAACCAUAGUUCAAACUAACCAACCUCCCCAGUUCAGAAGUCUCUGUUUAGUUUAAAACCGUAAGUGGACACGCUAAAAGAGGAAUGGGGAGGGGGCAGCAUUUGAGCCCAAGGAUCUAUAUGUGCAUGCAGUCUGGAAGUCUCAUUCUCAUACCUUUAUUGAGUGGCUGGUCCUGAAAGACCUACAUUGGCUCCCAGUAUGUUUCCGAGCACAAUUCAAAGUGUUGGUGCUGACAUUUAAAGCCCUAAAUUGCUUCAGCCCAGUAUACCUGAAGGAGCGCCUCCACCUCCAUCAUUCAGCCCGGACACUGAGGUCCAGCACUGGGGGCCUUCUGGCAGUUCCCUCACUGUGAGAAGUGAGGUUACAGGGAACCAGGCAGAGGGCCUUCUUGGUGCUGGUGCCUGCCCUGUGGAGCGCCCUCCCACCAGAUGUCAAUGAAAUAAACAACUAUCUGACUUUUUAGAAGACAUCUGAAGUUUUAUUCUGUUUUUAAUGUUCUGCUGAAAGCUGUCCAGAGUGGCUGGGGUAGAAAUAAUAAAUUUAUUAUUAUUAUUAUUGUUAUUAUUAUUAUCAUUGGCAUAUGUACAAGAUUCCAGUAGGUUCAAUACAAAGAAAUUACUCAUCAGAAACCUGCAUCUAACACUUAAGUUACAUGUACUAUAACAUGUUACUGAAACCUGGCUACUAUCUCCAUCUUAUCCCCCAUCCUGAAGGCAGCUACCUUACAUUUGUCUGAAUGGCCACUCCUUACUAACAAACCUACAGAUUAAUAAACUUAGAUUGAAUUAUCUGAUACCAGGACAUGGGUGACUGAUUCUAUUUGUCACAGCACUCACCACUCACUGCCCACUAUCGGCAUGCACCCAGACAGUGUGUGUGUCGCAAUGUGUGCACUGUGGUGCCCCUUCCAGCUGUCUGGAGGCUGCCUCCCUGAGGCCACCCCCACAUUUGCCUCAUGGGCACACCAGCCCUGAGCCCCUGGCUUCUUGCACGUGUAAUGGCAGACUGGUGAGCUCUGGCACAAAUUAGGACCAGGCUCUUACUUACAAUCACCCAAAUCUUCAUGAUGAAUUUGUCGAAAAUUAAGAUGGAACCACUGAACAUGUAUUUCUCCCUGCCUUUAUUUGAGUUUGCAUUCUUUCCAUCUUUUCAGAUAUUUUCUAGCCUUAACAUUACAGUUGUUCUAUCUUCUUUGGAGUUCUGGACAGACCAUAAUAAAAUCUCAACAUCAGGAGAGCCCGAUGUGUUACUCCAAAAAUUUUUACGUUGGAAAAAUUCAUAUCUUGUUCUACGGCCUCACGAUCUGGCACUUUUGUUAGUGUAAGGAGGUAUAUUUUCUCAUAUAAAGCACUCUAAUAUUGCUAUAGCAUGCAUACUCAUAUACACUGAGAGAUAGUGACUCACUAACAUAGGUGCUAUCUCCCUGGGGCUCUGGGUGCCCAAGCAUCCACAAGAGUUCACGUAUAGGGGCUGGGCACCCACAAAAUGCAGGGGCAGGCGCGUGGACACCAUGCUCCAUGGAAGAGAGAGUGUGGAGUUUGGGUGGAGGGUGGAAGAGAGUGUGGUGUUCGGGUGGGAGAGGUCCAGUCACCUCACUGCUGAAGCUCAUGCCCUGCACUACGACGUCAUGAUGUCACAGUUUGGGUGGGGCAUGCUGGGCACCCACAGUGUGGGGCCUGAGUCAGUGUCGCUGCUCUCUAAGAUUUCAGAGAGGCGUCUUUCUCAGACUUAGCUGGAGCUGGCGGGGAUUGAGCCUGGGACCUUCUGCGUGGAAAGCAGGUGUUCCACCCUGAGCCAUAGUUUUUACCCUUUACUGAAAUAUUUAUUAUAGAACAUUGUGCCCUUUAACAAUAUUUCUUCCUUAGAGUAGGUAGCAAAUAUAAAUAACACAGCCUUCCAUCAAAAUGCAGUUCUGUUAAAACUAGGGAUAGACCGAUCAGUUUUAGUCCACUUCAUAUAGCCGUUGUGCAUGUGCUCACAUUUUACAUUUGUUGUUUGCACAUUCCAUGUGCAGAAUUCCCCCCUCCCACUGAAAAAUCACCCCAAAUGUAGUUUUUUUAAAAAUACUUUCAUGGUGAUCUGAGGGAUGAGACUACAUGUUUUCUUUUGUUUAAUUACUCAAGCAGCUAGAAAAUGAUAACUAUGUUCUCCCUCCACUGUCAGUGGUAGAACGCCUCUGAAUACACUUGGUGGGACUCACAAGUGAGAAGAAUGCUCUUACGUUGAGAUCCUGCUUGGCCACUAUGAGAACAGGAUGUUCCACUAGAUGGGCCUUUGGCCUGAUCCAACAGGCAGGCUGCACAUUGAAAAGGGGGCUGCAAAAGCAUCUGGGGAUGUUAUGGUGUAUUGUCUCUCUAAUGGGCUUCAUAUGGGAAAAGCAGGUGACUGCCCUGAUGGCUGAUGGGGGGGGGGGGUAACCUUUUUCCUGUACUAAUUCCCUGCAAGGGCUGUUAUUUCACCAUGCCUUGUUGCUGCCCCAUUCCCUGCUUCAUGUGGCUGACUCCAGUUUUACGAAGGGAACUAUGUAUUAAUGUCAGCCCUAAGACAAGUUAGUGGAAAUCCUGUCCACUUUCCUAGGAGCAUGCCCUGUUGAGCUUAAUGGGACCUACUUCUGGGUUUGGGAUUAUGCUAUUAGGAUCAAAGGAUUUUCAGCCUUUUUGUGCAGUUAACUGAAAAAUAUAGCAUUUCAAGAGCACCAGCAGCUGGCCAAAGACAGUGAACCAACCUUUCCAUAGGUAAAGCUAAAAUAAAAAGUGCCUAUGAUCAGUCACUGUGUUGUAGAUAGCAUACCAGAGUUAAACCAGAGAGACCCAUUUCCAGAUUUCUCUUCAGCCUUGAAGCUCACUGAAUAAUCUUGGGCCAGCAUUCUGUAUUUAUUUAUCAAGGAGUAAAUCCAGCAUUGUGCUGUUACAAAUGUUAUGUCAGUGCAAGUAUUUUUGCUUGUCCCAUGGAACCAUCUCCCCCCCCAUGCUGUUCUUGGAGCACUCUGGACCCUUCCUCCAGCCAAUCAGAGGGCAUGGGGGCAGAGGGGAGAAAGCCCCAUUGUGCUGGUUUAAGUCUUUGCACAAGUUUGGACCAGUUAGUUGAAUCCAGUGCAAUAUUUAUAUCAUGCCCCUUCCUCACGAAGCAUUUUGUCACAGAGUUGCCUGAGUUCCUUGGAUGAAGAUGGGAUGAAAAAUGUCUGCAUAUCAAAUAAUAGUUGUGCCACAUUAAAUGCUCUUGAUGUGGGGCAGCAUAUGGAAGAGAAAUCAAAUGCAUCUUUGGACAACUGUAGGAUUUUAUGUUCACAUUAUAGAUGGAUCUAAGGAAAAGCCAAUUUAAGACAUAAGAGAAAACUCCAACAGAAGGGUAUGAGAGAGACAGAGAUUUCGCCAACCUGGUGCCCUCCAGAUGUUUUGGAUUACAGCUUCUAUCAUACCCAGCUAUCUGUUGGCUGUGGCUGAUGAGAGUGGCUGUAAUCCCAAACAACUAAAUGGCACCAAGUUGGCAAAGCACCUGUCAUAGAUGCAAUACAGAAACUGCACAAGAAAAUGUUGUCAUGGACUAUCCCUCCUCUUAAAAACACACACUGAUUGAGUGGUAGGUACAGAAAGCCGCAACCAGUGAACAGCAAGCAGAGAUAAUUGAAAGCAUAGAAGCACAGCUCAGAGGCCCCUGCCAGGAACAUAUUUCCCUUCUACUGAAAGAUUCCAGCAGAUGUUAGAGCUAAAUAGCAGAUUGCUCACCUGGGAUUGUGGGCAAAUGAUGGUGGAAGGGACCAGCUUGGUAACAAGAUUUGCGAAGGCCACUGUGUAUGUAAUGUUCUCCACAGCUUCUUGAUUAUGUGAAGAUUUUGCCAUUUGUUUUGAAGACACAAUCCCUUUGGCUACUCCAAAGUGUAUGGCCCACCAUCUACUUUUGUGUUUUAGUUACAGGGAGAAACCUAAUUAUGUAGGAGCAGGAUUUAUGGGGAAGCUGUGCCUCCGGAAUUUUGAUGCAGGAGUUGCUCUGGUACAGUAUCGCUGAACUUUCUUAGCUGAAGUGUAUAUGUUGCCUGUCUUGGAUUUAGAUAUUGCAGGGUUGGGUAACCUGUGACCCUUCAGAUGUUGUGAGACUACAGCCCCCAUGUUCCUUGACCAUUUUUCUUUCUGCUUGGGGAUUGUAGAAGCUGGUAUCCAAGAACGCCCUACUGAAACCUUAGAGACCCAAUCAGUAUUGGCAUUCUGUCAACUUUUGAAGAGGCACUUGUUUCUCAACUUAAGCCUCUUUUAAUUGCUGUUGGGAUUGUUUUAUUGCAUAUCUUAAUUAUGGAUGUUUAUACUUUUAUAUUUCUGUAACUGCUUUUUAUACAUCGUAAACCACUGCAAAGCCUAUUUUGCCAUAAAAGGAUGCAUAGAUAAGUAAGAUUAGAUUAGUUAUAGCAACAUCUGGAGGGCUACAGGUUCCCUGUUCCUGCUGUAAGUAUAAGUCACAUGCCUCUGGGUAUUUGUUUGCCAGUGCAAUUCUUGGAGGAGCUGCAUUCAGUAGUGUAAAGAGUAUGGGUUGCUCGUGCGUAAGUUGCCACCUCUCCUGGCUUUGUUGCCUUGUUAAACCUUUCAGUCUGGACAGCCCUUCACUUCGUGGCUGCCUCAGUCACUAGCAGAAUCCGUCAGUGGGCGUUUCUUAAACCUUUUCCAACAUAAAAGUUGUUUGACACCCAGUCUCCUCCUACUCUCUCUGCGUGGAAGUCUUCUGCGCAGGGAGGGCGUGGGUAGCGGAGGACCCGUGCUCUCCCCGCUGGUGUCCGGUGAAGAGUCUGGGAGCCCUCUCGCCGAUUCCCCCAUCUGCCCCUCUUUAUUCCUGGUGUUGCACUGAAUUGCUUCCCCAUCUGCUGAGCUGCCUCUCUCCCUGCUGGGCCCUUCUCCAGCAUCAUUUGAGAGCCUUCCCUCCACCUCUAGCUCCGAUGUCAGUUCCCUGACAUCCACCUCCCCCCCAGGACCCCCUCCACCCCCGGCCCAACCUGUUGAUCCAACUUCGUCCCUUUCCUCGGCCGACGAUGCGGGGAACCCCCGGAAGGAGCUGUCGUCAUCCUCUGAGGAUUCAAAACCCGCUUCCCACCCGUUCUGAUCCCUUCCCUCGGGGUGGGCCUCCCAGUCUGAUUCUUCUUCCUCCGAAGCCUCUUCUCCCUCCCCUUCGGAGGCAGAAAAACCCACAAAAUCCUCUUCAUCAUCUGUGGUUCCAAAUUGCUCCUCCCAGAAUCUCGCCAGUGGUUUGGGUUUGUCCGGGAACAGGCGGUGAAAUUCCUCCACCAGAUACCCGUCAGUGAUUGCCUCCGCGGGAACCCACGUGUUUUCCGACCCGGGUUCUCCCUCCCAAGCCACCAAGUACUCCACCUGGCGCCCUCGCCACCUUGAAUCAAGUAUUUCCGUGGCCAAAUUGCGGUGCUCCCUCUCUUCUACCUGCGGAUGUGUGGUGACUUCCCCCUCUCGCCCCGGGAACCCCCGUCCUUCCCUGUGCGGUGAGAGUAGGGACCUAUGGAACACUGGGUGUAUCUUCAUGCUGUCAGGCAAUUUGAGCUUGAAUGCCACUGGGCUCACCUGCUGUGUUACCUCAAACGGUCCCAGCCACCUGGGCUGCAACUUCUUGCACCCCCCCUUAAAAGGUAACCCUUGGGUUGACAACCACACCCGAUCUCCCACCCUUAUGGUCUCCCCUUCCCUACGGCGCUUGUCUGCCUGCCUCUUGUAAAUUUCCUUGGCCCGCUCCAAGUUCAUCUUAAGUUGCUGGUGCAGGGCUUCCAUUUCUUCCACAAACUGCUCUGCCGCCGGUACGCUCCAACCUUCCUCCCCACUCCCCGGGAAGGCCCUGGGGUGACACCCAUAAUUGGCCAGGAACGGGCUCAUUCCCGUUGACACAUGUUCAGCGUUAUUGUACGCAAAUUCAGCCAUCGUUCUGCCUCUCGUUGACGUAGCAGCGUAGGUAUUGCUGGAGUAUACUGUUCGCUCUUUCUACUUGCCCGUUGGUUUCCGGGUGUCUCGUCGUUGAGAAGGCCACUUCGACCUGCAGCAAGCUCAUGAGCUUCCUCCAGAACCGGGAAGUAAAUUGUUUCCCGCGGUCGGAGAUAACCCUCGAAGGAGCCCCAUGCAACCUGAAGAUGUGGUCUACAAACAACCUGGCUGUUUCCUCUGCCGUGACCGCAUGUGAGCAAGCUAUAAAAUGGCACAUUUUGGUUAGUAGAUCGACCACUACCAUGACCGCUGUCUUCCCCCGGGAUUUGGGCAAAUUGGUCAUAAAAUCAAUGGACACCACCUCCCACGGUUUCCCCGGCGUGGGUAAGGGUUCCAGUAAUCCUGCAGGGGCAGCCCGCUCCCCCUUUGCCCUUUGGCAGCGGUCGCACACCCGUACAUAUUCCCGUACAUCCUCCCUCACCCUGGGCCACCAGAACUGCCUGGUGACGAGCAUCAUGGUUUUGUGCUGUCCAAAGUGCCCAGCUGUGGGGUUGUCGUGGAGUUGUUUGAGUACCUUCCCCUGUAGAGCCUCCCCUGGUACAUACAGCGCCCCCUUAUAGUACAGACCCCUUCCUUCUCCUCAAACCCUCCUUGGGUUUCUCUACCGUCUCGGAGUUCCCAGAUUUUAGUUUGUGCGAACACGUCGUUUCUAGUAAGUCCAGCCAGUUCUCGUUGCCCCACCAAGGUUCCCCCACACACCCAUCGGUCCUCGGGGAUCAUGUGUCGUAUCUCCGGUGGCCCCUCUCCUUCCAAGUACUCCGGCUUCCGGGAGAGAGCAUCCGCUCUCACGUUUUCCUCUCCUGGCACGUAUCGGAUUUCGAAGGAAAACUUGGAGAACUCCUGUGCCCAUCGAAUCUGUCUCUGGUUGAGCACUCGUGCGGUCCUCCAGUAUUCCAAGUUCUUGUGAUCUGUACAAACCUGGAUCUUGUGCUGCGCCCCUAUUAGUAGAUGUCGCCAUCGACGAAACGCUGCAUAGAUCGCAAGCAGUUCGCGGUCGUACACAGUAUAAUUUUGCUCCGACUUGUUCAGCUUUCUCGAGAAAAAGGCACACGGUCUCCAUUCCUGCUUGCUCCUCCCUGGCUGCAAAAGAACCGCCCCAAUGGCUCUGUCGGACGCGUCGGUCUCUAGCCUCAUGGGUUUCUCCAGAUCCACGUGCAGGAGCUGCUCUUCCGAUGCGAACGCCCUUUUCAGUUUUUCAAAGGACUGCUGGGCCUCCUCUGUCCAGACAAACUUCCUUUUGCUACUGAGACAAUCUGUGAUGGGUGCUGUCAAGUGGGCGAAGUUCUUGAUGAACUUCCUGUAGAAGUUGCUGAACCCUAGGAACCUCUGCACGUCCUUCCGGGUUUUGGGCGUCUUCCACUCCAGCACUGCCUGCACCUUGCUUGGGUCCAUCGCUAAGCCUUUGUCUGACAACUUGUACCCCAGAAACUCGACUUCUCUGGCGUGAAACUUACAUUUUUCCAGCUUGACCCACAACUGGUGCUUCUGCAGUCGUUUUAGCACUUCCCUGACGUCUCUGACAUGUUGCUCCUCAUUGUUCAAAUAGAUUAAGACGUCGUCCAAGAAGGCUACGCAGUUCUUGUACAGCAGGGACCCCAACACGUGGUGCAUGAAAGCUUGAAAACAGGCGGAGCCCGACUGUAAUCCAAAUGGCAUAACUAGGUACUCAAAGGCCCCCAAGGGUGUGAACAUUGUGGUCUUCCAUUCGUCCCCCUCCCUCAUCCUAAUCAAGUUGUAUGCCCCCCUGAGAUCAAGCUUGGUAAAAAUUUUCCCCUGCCUCACCCGUGUUAAAAUGUCGUCAAUCCUGGGCAUUGGGAAGGUCACUGGUUCUGAUACCAAAUUGACCCCCCUAUAGUCCACAAUGAGCCUGGGUUGAUUAGUGUCCUUUUUGUCCACAAAGAACACUGGACUGCCCCCUACCGCUUUUGAUUCUCUUAUGAAGCCUCUCCCUGCUGGGCCCUUCUCCAGCAUCAUUUGAGAGCCUUCCCUCCGCCUCUAGCUCCGAUGUCAGUUCCCUGACAAGUAGCUUAGGAUAUAAUCCUGUACUGGAGUCAUGCUGUCCCUGACAUUGCCGGUCAUUUAAGUGUGUAAUAAGUGCAUAUGCUUAACAUGUCUACCCCCCACACCAUUUUUUCGGACUGUACAUUAUCAGCUUUCCAGCUGCCUAAUACUGUGUCCAACUGCACACUAAACUGUUAUGGUUCUGGACUGUCAGGGGUUAGUUAACACUCCAGGAGCAUUCUUCAGUUGGUUAGUUAAUUUUUUAUACACAUCCCUCCUUCGAAGAAAUCUCGAAGGGAUCUCUUUAAAUACAAUAAUUGGGUUUCCUUCAAUAUAUAACCUUUUACUAUAGUUCUGUUUCAGUACUUCAUUCCUCAUAUCCAACGAGUUAAACAUGGCUAUUACAUCUCCUGGCAAUUCCCCCCCCCCCCAGCUUUAGCCGAUUUUGUUUUUAUCCAAAAUAUAUUUGCUAGGGAGAAGCUUAUCUCUUCCUCCUUCCUAUCUAACCAAAUUGCCAACUCUUUCACCAUUUUAGAUCUUAUAUUCUCGUUUGGGUCCUCUGGGAUCCCUCUAAAUUUUAAAUUUAGUUGGUUCUGUCUCAUCUGAGUCAUAGCCAUACUGUCCAACAAUUCUUCCUGUACCUUACCUAUCUCCUUAACUUCUAUUUUAAUUCUGUCCAAAUCCUUCUUACUGUCUUUUGUAUCCUUUUGCACCCUUUUCAUAGAAUCCUCAAGUACUUUGGCUCUUACCGAUAGAUAUUUGACUUUUCCUAUCAGUUCUCCCACCACCCCCUCUAAUCUCUUAUCUAAUGUAUCCUGCACUUCCAGUAGCUUUUUCUCUAUAUAUUGCUCAUUAUGUUUAAAUUCUUUCCUUAUUUCAGCCAUCAAACUAUCGUAGUCCUUGAUUUCUUUUCCCUCCUUCCCAUUUCCCUCCUUCCCAUAACCAACUGAAGAAAAAUGGGAUCCUAUAUAGAUGGGAGUUUCCGGAAGGAAUUUCAUUUUACUUUAAGGAUAAAAGAUUCAAACUGUCCAGCCCUUCAGAACUUGAAAAAUUUGCAAGAAGAUACGAGAAGGAACUUGGAAGGGUUGCGGGGUGGGGGGAGGGAGGGAGGGGAGCGGCCGGGGGAGGGGGGUGGGGGCGGGGGGAGUGAAGAGCAAGAGAGAGAGAUAAACUUAACAGAAGCGAGGGAAGAGGAAGAGAAAGAAGACAAAGAGCAGCAGCUUUAAGCCAGAUUUGAUAAUUUACUAAUUGUACAUAAUAGAUGGCUUUAAAAAUACUGUCUUGGAACGUGAACGGACUUAACAAUAAAAAUAAAAGGAACCAGAUUACACAUAUUUUAUUAAAAAGAACCUUGACAUAAUCUGUCUACAAGAGACUCAUGUAAUAAGAAAACAUAAGAGAAUUCUGAAUAAUAAGAAACUAGGGUUGGAUUUUGUGGCAUCGGAUAAGGUUAAGAAAAGAGGUGUGGUACUAUAUAUAAAGGAAAAAUUCGACCCAAAAAUACUGUAUAAAGAUGAGCAAGGGAGAAUGAUAGUAGUACAGAUUGUAUUCCAAGGAAUAAAAAUAAUUGUCGCCGGAAUAUACGCUCCUAACGAUAAAAAAUCGGCUUUCUUCUCAGAAUUAGGUAAUAAGUUAUUAGAAUGGAUCGAUCAAAAAAUGAUAUUGAUGGGCGAUUUUAACGGAGUGGUGUCACCAAAUUUGGAUAGGUCAACAAAAAAGCAAGAGACAAAGGAAGGCAAGCUACCUCAAACGUUUUUUUGAUUUGGUUGAUAAUAUGGGACUAAUUGACGCCUGGAGAUUUAAAAACCCCACUAUAAAACAAUAUACCUUUUUCUCAAACCCAAAUCAGAGUUGGGGAGAAUAGAUAAUAUUUGGAUCUCGAAGGAGUUGACACAGAACUUAGCUAAAUCUGAAAUACUCCCACAAACUAUAUCUGACCAUAAUCUGGUAUUUAUGGAGAUAAAGGGUAAAGAUACUAGAGUAUUUAGAUGGAGAAUGAAUGAAGGUAUAUUUAAUAAUCAAAAGAUAGUAAGUGAGGCGAAAGAAACAAUUGAAGAAUACUUCAAGUGGAAUUUACACACAAAAACAGCUACAGAAACGGUCUGGGAUGCAGGAAAAGCCGUUAUGAGGGGCUUCCUAAUUCAGAAAAACAGCCAUUUAAGAAAAGAAAAAGAGGGGGGGAAAGAAGAGAUUCUAGCACAGCUUAUGGAGAAUGAAAGACAACUAGCUAUUAAACCAGGUGACGAGACAAUAAAGCAAAACUUAAAAAUAUUACAAGCCCAAUUUUGUAUGAUAGUUAACCAGGAAAUUGAGUGGAAAAUUAAAAUGAUGAAACAAAAGAACUUUGAAUCAGCUAAUAAAAUAGGAAAAUUCUUGGCGUGGCAAAUAAGAGAAAGGAAAAAACAAAAUACCAUCUGCAAGAUAAGGGAUGGAGAAAGGAUAGUGGAAGAGCCAAAAGAAAUAAAAAGGAUAUUUCAGACGUAUUAUAAGGAAUUGUAUAAAAGAGGAAAGGAAAUAGAUUAUGAAAUAGACCGAUACCUGGAAGAUCACCAUUUACAACAGAUUGCCAUAGAAGAGAAAGAGUUAUUAGACCAGAGGAUUACAGAAGAUGAGAUAUGGAAGGCAAUAAAAAAGAUGAAAAUUGGGAAAGCGCCGGGGCCGGAUGGCCUACCAGCCAAGUACUAUAAAACAUUAAGUGAGCAAUUAUGCCCAAUUCUAUGUGAAGUGAUGAAUAAUAUUUUAAAAGAGGGAAGGAUUCCGAAUACCUGGAAGGAAGCAUAUAUUACUUUAAUACCUAAAAAGAUGUGGAUGCCUUAGAGGUGAAGAACUAUAGGCCGAUUUCGUUAUUAAAUAACGAUUAUAAACUGUUUGCGGAUAUAAUGGCAGAAAGACUAAAAGGGUAUUAAAAAAUAGAAUUCAUAAAGAUCAAACGGGCUUCCUACCAGGAAGACAACUAAAGGAUAACGUAAGAAAUGUGAUAGAUAUUAUUGAAUACCUGGAAACUAGAAUAGAUAAACAGGCGGCCUUGAUAUUUAUCAAUGUGGAGAAGGCAUUUGAUAAUGUCUCUUGGCGCUUUCUGAUGGAAAAUUUGAAAAGGAUGGGGGCGAGAGAAAGAUUCAGAAAAGGUAUAGAGGUUAUCUAUCAUGAGCAAAAGGCAAAACUUAUAAUAAAUAAUACUACAUCAGAAUUUUUUGAUAUUUCUAAAGGGACGAGGCAAGGCUGCCCUCUGUCCCCCCUACUAUUUAUCUUAGUACUGGAAGUACUUACUAAGAGGCUGAGGGAUACAGCAGAGGUUAAAGGAGUCAGGGUAGGAACUAAGGAACACAAAAUUAAAGCUUUUGCGGAUGACAUUGUUCUAACAUUAGAAGAUCCAAAGCACAGUGUAAAAGAAGCCCUACAAAAAAUUGAAGAGUUUGGUGCUGUGACAGGCUUUAAGGUCAAUAAGAAUAAGACUAAAAUACUGACUCUGCCACUCCAAAAUGUCUGUGUUCUCAAGAAGCAGCCAUUCUUUCAACCAGCGGAAUGCUGCUGAUUCAUAAUAAAGUUUGAGGUCUGGCAGGGCAAAUCCACCUCUAUCCUUUGCAUCGGUUAAUAUUUUAAAUUUUAUUCUAGGCUUCUUGCCCUGCCAGACAAAUCUAGAAAUGUCUCUCUGCCACUUCUUGAAACAGUCCAUUUUGUCCACAAUUUGCAAUGAUUGAAACAAGAAUAACAUUCUAGGCAAUACAUUCAUUUUUACAGCAGCAAUACGACCCAGCAGUGAAAGCUUCAAAUUUGACCAAAUUUCUAAAUCUUUUUUCACUUCAGCCCAGCAUUUUUCAUAGUUGUCUUUAAAUAAAUUCCCAUUUUUUGCUGUCAUGUUAAUCCCCAGGUAUUUAACUUUCUUAACCACUGUUAAACCUGUCUCAUUCUGAAACCUCUCUCUCUCCAUUGGUGUUAAAUUUUCUCUAAAACCUUGGUUUUUAACUUAUUCAAUUUAAAUCCUGCCACUUGACCAAAUUCUUGAAUCAGUUCUAAAACCCUUUUGGUACUAGAUUCUGGCUCCUGUAACGUCAAUACUAAGUCAUCUGCAAAUGCUCUCAAUUUGUACUGUUUGGCUCCGACCUGUAUACCUUUAACCAACUGGUCCCUUCUUAUCAUAUUCAGCAGAACCUCCAGGACCGAUAUAAAAAGCAAUGGGGAGAUUGGGCAACCUUGUCGUGUCCCUUUUUCUAUCUUAAAUUCUUCCGUCACCACAUUAUUUACAAUUAAUUUAGCCUUUUGUUCAGAAUAUAUUGCACUUAUACCAUUUUCAAAACCUUGGCCUACCCCCAUACCCUGUAGGUUUUUUUUCAUAAAAGUCCAAGAAAUAUUGUCAAAAGCUUUCUCCGCGUCCACAAAUAUUAAAACUGCCUUAGUAUUUAUAUUCACUUGUAAUUUUUCUAAAAUAUUAAUUAUGUUUCUCACAUUAUCAGAUAGAUGUCUUCCUGGGAGAAAGCCUGCUUGGUCCUUAUGUAUCUCUUCCACUAACACUCUUUUUAGUCUUUUAGCCAAAAUAUCUGCAAAAAUUUUGUAAUCCACAUUAAGCAAUGAUAUGGGGCGAUAGUUCUUAAGCUGCGUCUUUUCAGUCUCUAUUUUCGGUACAAGUGUGAUAUAUGCUUCUUUCCACGACUCUGGUGCCCUUUUCCCCUCCAUUAUUUCAUUACAGACCUCUUUCAAAGGUUGUACUAGCCAUUCUUUUAAAGAUCUGUAGUAUCUAGAAGUCAGUCCAUCCGGUCCUGGAGAUUUACCCAAUUGCAUAUUCUGAAUGGCACCUUCUAUCUCCUGUUCAGUUAUUUUGUAAUUCAACAUUAAUUUAUUUUCUUGAGAGAUUUUUUGUAAUCCAUUUGUUUUCAAAAAUCGAUCUACGUCAGUUUCUUUCUGUGGCCCUUGUGUAUAUAGUUGUUUAAAGUACCUCUGGAAACAAUUUCUAAUCUCAGCUGCGUUCUGUAUAUUCCUUCCUUCCACUUCUAAAUUUGUAACUGUAUUUAAUUUUUGUCUUUUUUUCAUUUGCCAAGCCAGCAAUUUCCCACAUUUAUUAGCCGACUCGAAUGUCUUUUGUCUAAUUUGUUUAAUUUUCCAUUCUAUCUCCUGAUUCAUCAUUUUCAUAUAUUGCACUUGAUAUAACUUUAUUUCUCUCAAAAUCUCUUGUGACUUUGGUUUUGCUCUCAAUCUUUUUUCACUUUCCUUUAUUUUCUCCAAAAUUUUAUCCUUCUUCUCAUUUUGGAUUCUCUUCUUUAAUGCAUUCUGUUGUAUCAGGAACCCUCUCAUAACCGCUUUACUUGCGUCCCAGAUUACUCUUUUUUCCACAUUGGUGCUCAUAUUUAUCUCAAAAUAGUCUCUCAAGGUUUUUUGGGCCUUCUUAAGCACUUCUUCAUCUCUGAAUAAGGUGUCAUUCAUCCUCCAUCUAAAGGAGCCAGUUGGUGUUAGUUUCAUUUCCAUCUUAACAGCAUUAUGGUCGGAGCAGGUUUUUGGGCAGAUUUCCACUUUUCUUGUCUUUGGUGCCAUUCCUCUAGUUACCCAUAUUUGGUCAAUUCUUGUCCAUGUCAUAUUGGCUUCAGAAAAGAAGGUUCCUUCUUUAGCCAUGGGGUUCUUUGUUCUCCAAAUAUUGACUAAGUCCAAGUUGUCUGUCAUCUCAAAAAAAGUUUUCGGUAGUCUACCAUCCUUAGUGACUACCUGUCUUUGUGCCUUGUCCAUAUGUGUAGAUACCACUCCAUUCAUGUCUCCCAUCAAAAUCACAUUAUAAUCCAAAUAGUCCAUCAGGGUCUCAUGCAACUUUUUUUAAAAAUCGGAUUUCCCCUCAUUUGCUGCGUAAAUUCCUACUAUCAAAAAAUUUUCUCCUUGUGUUUGAAUUUCAAUUGCCACAAAUCUUCCUUGGUCAAUAGUGGGCAAUAGACAUCAGCUAUAACAUUGAUUUUGAGAGAUGGCUAGAAUUAUGGAAUAUUAACAUGAAGUUCACGGCAUGUAUGGCAUUAAGGGAAAAUAUGUGGAAAAUGAUAUUUAGGUGGUACCUCACACCAGUGAAACUGGCUAAGAUCUAUAGGUUAAAGAAAAAAAGAUGUUGGAAAUGUGGAGAAGUAGAUGGUGACUUCUACCAUAUGUGGUGGUUAUGCAGCAAAGUGAAAGGCUUUUGGGAAUCGUUUUAUAACGAGCUUAAAAAUUUUUUUAAAUACACGUUUCCCAAAAAACCCGAAGCCUUUCUGCUAGGAAUGACAGGUAAAGAAAUUAAAAAAGAAGAUAAGGUACUAUUUUUAUAUGCCGCAACAGCCGCAAGAAUCAUGUUAGCACAAAAUUGGAAAACGGACGCCAUACCUAAUAUAAAUGAUUGGCAGAUCAAAUUAACAAACUAUGCCGAGCUCGCUAGAAUAACAGGAAGAAUAAGAGAUCAAGAUGAACAGAAAUUUCAUGACAAUUGGAUUAAAUAUUGGAUAUAUAUUGGGAUCAAACUUUAAACGACACUGGCGGGAUUGGAAUAACUCUAACAGUAAAAGGUUAUUAUGCAAAAGAGAUAAAAUACGUGAAUAUAAAGUCUAUUUGAUACUUACCAAAGCAGUGGAAGGAAGUUCAAGGCUUGGCAGAGCCUAAAAUUAAUGUAUUUAUGAUUUAUGGAAUGAAUAUAUUAUGUGUAAUUUAAGUAUUGGACUUUGUAUAAGUUCAUAUGUAUAUAUGUAUAAUACCAAUAAAAAUUUAUCAGCAAAAAAAAAAAAAAAAAAGAUAAAUUUUGGUAAUAAUCUCUCCUUUGCAUAAAUCACUACCCCUCUUUUUUUAACCUUGUCUGAUGAAAUAAACUCCUGACCAAGUCUUUUAUUAAUCAAUAGUUUCCUGUGUAACCUUGUUAUAUGUGUUUCUUAUAAACAAAUCAAGUCCAAUUGUUCCUUUUUUAAUAAAUGAAACACAGAUCUCCUUUUCUGAGGGGAGUUCAAACCAUUACAAUUCCAACUUAGUAGUUGCAGAGCCAUGAUGUAGUUACUUUACUUCUCCUCCAACUGCACCCAGUGCCUGUUCCUGUUCUGUUGGUGGUAUCACCUUCUUCAGGCGGUCUUUUAGUUCUGGAGGUAAAUCUGGUGUGUCUAAAGUUUCACUUACAAGUGCUCUUAGCUCUCCUGUAACUUUCUUCUGCAGGUCUUCUCCGUGGUCUCUCCAAAAUUUAUCUUUGUCGUCUUCUGAUCUUAUUUUUAUCUUCUUCCCUUUAUAACUGAAGGAUAGGCCUUGGGGGAAUUCCCACCUAAAAAUGAUUCCAUUACUUCUCAACAGGGCAACCAAAUCUCUAUAAUUGGACCUAAGGUCCAAAAGAUGUUUCGGAAUAUCCUUGACUGAUAUAUUUCCAAGGUCUUCUGGAAGUGCAGACUCAAGAUUUUGUCUCUCUCCUCUUUUGUUCGGAGGGUGAUCAAACAGUCUCUCACCCUGUUCUUCCUCCCUCCUUUUCCAAGCCUAAAAGCACUCACUAUCUUGAAACUAUCCUUCCCCAAAUCUGGGUUCCAAAGUCUGCAAAUUCCUGCGUAAGAAAUUCAAUCAAAUUGUCUUUCUCCAAUUCAGGUACGGCCCUGACCCUUAAAUUCGCUUGUUUCUCCUUCAACUCAAUCAUAGACAGUAUUGACUUGUGGUCUUCAAGUUGUUUGUGUAAUGGUGGUAUCUUCUCUUCUACAACAGUAGCUGUAGCAGUUGCAAUUUCCUUAGCCUCUUCGGCUGUCUUUCGUGUCGAGGUGGAUUCCUGCAGUAAUUUCUGAAUAGUUUCUGUAUUAGUAUUUACCUUCUGUCCCAAAUUAUUAAUACUUGUGGUGUUUUGAUCAAUUUUGCCCAAUGCCUCGGCUACUUGUUUACUUAUUCUUUCCAAAGAUUCAUUAAUUUUGCCUAGUGCCUGAGCCAGGGCAUCGUCAGCUGCCAUACCUUUGGGUUUAGGUUGUGCCGAUGAGGUUGCUGUUGGUAAACCAGAAGGGCCAGAUGUCGAUGCCCUUCUUUGCAGCCCACCGUCUGUGCGAAAUACUCUGCCAGACCUCAUUGCUUGUAACAAAUCUAUCUUCUCUUUCCCAUCUGCCAUAACCCUCAAGAUACAGCCCAAGGUCAAUCUCACGAUCAGAGUCAGAGUUGUUUUGAAGUGGAAAAUUCCCUAGCCCAGCUGCAGUUGUAACAGUUUCAAACUUCCUCUAGGGGGACACAGUAACAGUCAAAAAUGUCUUAAAGUAAUUAACUUCUCCCUUUCGCCCCCCAAUUCACCAAAAGGACAACAGUUUCUAUCUCAGUUGUUUCCUGUUACUUUAAAACCAGGAGAAGCCUGUCAGCAAUAUUGUAUCUCAGAUGCAGAGUUAACUGUCAAAGAGUACUUUCAGUAACAGCGCAAUUCUCAAUACGGCUUUCUUACUGUCACUGGGAACCUGUUCCAGGGUUUUAAGUGGUAGAUUUUAGCUCCUCUUCCUCUCUUUUUUUGCAGGGAAAUAACGUUCAAACCUUCUCCCCCCUCCUCCCCUGCAAUCAAGGGGGGAAAAUCACUGUUUUGAUGCUCGAAUUAUAAUUCUUUUCCAACGUCUUUUAAAGCUUCCGCUUUCAAGUUCAUUGCUUUACUCCAUUUACAAGAACGGAAGGCAGACUUCCUGUUUAUGCCUCUCCGCUUCGGUGCCAAGUUAUUCAUAAAAUUUGUAAAGUUCCUUUAAUUCCGAAGUUAGCCUACUCACGGAUCGUUGUUUUACAGCCAAAUUGUCCCAGGAAAAAGGCAGUGCUCUCCGGUAACAGCUACGCGGCUUCGCUCCACGGAAGAAGCAGACGACUCACAGCACCGCGCCACUUCCCCGCUCCGCUCCGGAGCCCGUUGCCAGGCUCCUUUGCCAAUUGGGGGGGCCGCAAACGGUGCCCGCCGAGUCCCACGGUCACAGACUUCACCCGCCUGUGAUUUUUGAAGGGUCCCCGCUGCGCCGUAGCGGUACAGACCCGAUUUCCGUAGAGCCGGUUCCCUCCAAGUCAGAGGGAAUCCGCCAUUACCGAUGGCGCCACCCCGGAAGUCGAACUUGCUAUUCUGCAAGCCAUGCCUGCAUCAGUGAACACCUUGCCUAUGUCGCCACAGCAAAGCAUAGGAUGUGAUGUAGCUCAGCACCCAAACACACCACUACAUUCUGUAUAUACACUGAGGUCCAGCUCCGAGGGCCUUCUGGCGGUUCCCUCCAUGCAAGAAGUGAGGUUACAGGGAGCCAGGCAGAGGGCCUUCUUGGUGGUGGCACCUGCCCUGUGGAAUGCCCUCCCAUCAGAUGUCAAGGAAAUAAACAACUAUCUGACUUUUAGAAGACAUCUGAAGGCAGCCCUGUUUAGGGAAGUUUUUAAUGUCUGAUGUUUUAUUGUGCUUUUAAUUCUGUUGGGAACCACCCAGAGUGGCUGAGGAAACCCAGUCAGAUGGGCAGGAAAUAAAUUCAUUCAUUCAUUCAUUCAUUCAUUCAUUCAUUCUCCUCUCCUUCUAACGAGUGCUGUGCUGAAGCCUGUCCUCCAGUUUCUGGAAAGUUUUCUUCUCCUUUGAAAGAGCCUUCCAUUAUUAUUUCUUUGCCUCAUUCUCAGGCUGCUUUAGAAUUUUGUUACUGUUUCAGUGGGUGUCUGUUGAGUUUAUCUUAACAUUGCAAGGUGUGUUUUUCUUUCCAUUAAGCAUUUAUCCAGUCCUGCUCCAUCCUCUCAGCCUGCCCACACUCCCUGAUCUGAAAAAGCCUCCUUCAAGUGUGGGAAUCUGGGAAGGCUGCAGAGUGGCUGUAAAAUAAACACUCUUCCUGAUCUGCUGCUCCUUUUAAGCCUCUGGUGGUCAUCUACUACUUUGAAAAGUAAUGCCAAUUAUUCUAAAACCUGUUGUAUAAUUUAGCAUUGCAUAUUACAUAACCUUUAUUUAUUGCACUGUGGUUUAACCCACAGCGCCACCUGCGUCCCUUUUAAUAUGAUCUUAGGUUCUACAAAAUGAGCUUAAAUACUGAGAAGCUCUAACCCCCCCCCCACCGACCAUUCCUCCUAGACACCAGCGGGACUUGGCAGGGACGGGGGAGAGUUCACUAGUUGGUGCAAAUCACAAGCCAAACGGUAAAGCUGCCAUCACCUCCUUUCCUGGGCCACCCUCAAAUGGGGUUCAAGGAGGAGAACAUCCGUUCGAUAUUUACCAGGUUACCCAGCCCUGAGUCACUUUACCAUGACGCAGACAUUAAUUCAUCUGGUAGGUGUCCAAACGGUCAGGCACUAGUUCAGCUUCUCAGAGCAAAGGCACAGAAUACAAAAGGCAAAAAGUCCUUUUCCAAAUUUAUUGAAAAAGCUACUCAAAAGGUUUGCACAGUUCUUAGAAGUUACAAACAGAAAAUAAAAACAUGGUAAAAUAUAGCUAACUAAAAACCAUACUCACACAUCAACAAUAGUUCAAAGCACAGCGAGUAGUCAGGAGUCCUUUCACUGGUUAAACGCCCUCAGGCAAAGUACCAGGGCAAGAUGUUUUGCAAUUUGCAUCUGAAUGUAGUGGUUAAGAGCGGUAGUCUCGUAAUCUGGUGAACCGGGUUCGCUUCCCUGCUCCUCCACAUGCAGCUGCUGGGUGACCUUAGGCCAGUCACACUUCUUUGACGUCUCUCAGCCCCACUCACCUCACAGAGUGUUUGCUGUGGGGGAGGAAGGGAAAGGAGAUUGUUAGCCACUUUGAGACUCCUUUGGGUAGUGAUAAAGCCGGAUAUCAAAUCCAAACUCUUCUUCUUCAAAUCCUUUAUCCUUUAAAACCCAGGUGGAGGGCAGGUUAGGGACCAAUCAUUUCUUUAGGUUAAUUACCAAUUUACCAAUGGCUGUAUGAUGAGACUAUAUCUCCUGGUUGUCAGGAGAUGGCACAGCUGAACUUUGAUUAGGUGCAGAGACCUUGAGAUAAAAAAGGCUCUCCCUUCAUUCCCAGGCCUUUCUUACACAUACCAGGCUUCCAAGCUGUCUAUUACUUGAUAGCCUCCUGCACCUUUAUACAACCCAAUCCACACUCAAACCCCCAGCUGUGCCAGGGUCUUCAAAUCAGAUAAUAUCUCAUCCUGCCUAGAGUCAAGAAGUAAUUGACUCACACUUCUAGCGACAGAGAGUUUUUACAUUUAAAGAGACCAGACACCCAUUCCCCAGAAAGCAACAGUUUUAUCUCUCCCAAAGCAACAGUUUUAUCUCUCUCACUGCUGUGUGAACAAGUGUUUGACAUACCAAGAUUUCCCAACUUCACUACACUCGUAAAAUAUGGACCGAAGAGACUUGUUUGCAUUUAGUCUCCCAUAAUGGGGUGGAAUAAUCUGGUUCCUGAUUCAAGUUUUCCCUCUUCCUUCUAGUAUCAGAAGUCCAUGACCAAAGAGCCAUUCUCCGUCGUUCUGGCCCAAUUGCUGGGCCUUAACCUGGGGAUGGAAUAUGACAAUGGCAAAGAGUGCAAGUGCCCAGGAGGCUUUGUCUGCAUAAUGAACACGGAAGCAGUGUAAGUACUAUGACUAUUGCACUAAGCAGCUCAUAGGUUUUAGGACUGGGCAUAAGCCUUUGCUUGUACUUUUGAUAGUGGAAGGCAGCAGCAGAGCUCAUUUCCUAUCUCAGCACUGUACAGAGAUUGGAGAUAACAGAAAUGGUGGCUACUCUUCUGCAGUUUACCAUCAAAGAACAGGCACAGGCUUAUCUCCUGUGGUUUGUUGUCAACAACAACAACAUUCAUUUAUAUGCUGUCCAUUUGACAGUUUUGCCCCGGUCACUCUGGGUGGCUCCCAACAAAAAAUAGUAAAAGCACAAUUCAACACCACACAUUAAAAACUCCUCAACUUCUGGGACAAAUUCAGAGGUCAGGAAAGCCUAAUUUAUGCCCCGUGGGUCUGAUGUUCCCCACUCCUGCCAUAAGGGGUGAAGUUCUGCUAUACCUGUGUAUAAAUAGGGCUUGUGCACUAGCAAACUUUCAAGAGCCAAAAAUCUUCCACUGCUAUUGAUAGAUCUGGUAUCUGCUGUUAUCAUUUUGUACCAAAUGUAACUGGAAAAAAUCCAGUAAGUAGAAAGGGUAAACCUUGUUUAAUACUGGAGACUUAUGCUACCCCCCCCUCAAGAUAAUUGGAGGUGGUUUUAAAGAGGGAUCAUGCUGUGUGCACUCAUUUCUCCUUUUGCCUCUUGACAGCAAGUUCUUUCAGCUCUUUUGUAUUCUUUCAAUAAUUGCAAAACACCCACAACUUACAUUUAAAACACAUGGCUUCCCUCCAAGAAUCCUGGAAACUAUACUUUGUGGUUGUGAAGUGUAGCUCUGUGAGGGAUAUACUACAGUUCCCAGAUAACUGGGGGAAGUCAUGUGCUUUAAAUCUAUGGUGUGGAUGUUUACCAGCUGAAAGGAGGACAAAAUAAAUACUCAUUUUUAAUAAUUGGCUCCUACCUUAUAGUGCUUCAGUAUGAUGCCUUGGAGCCGUGUCUGCAACUGUGCAGACUGUAACAAAACUUCUUAAAAACUCCAUAUAUUAAAGUUUGCUCAAGUCACCUUCCAGGUUUCAGAGACUGGCCUGGCCUCCUGCGGCACUCGACAGCCCUCCAUUCAGCAUGCAUAAGAAUGAAGGAGCUCUUGUUUUUAUUUUUUAUAACAAAAUAUGUUGUGUGUGUAUUUGUGCUUGCCAUAUAAUAAUAGCAGAUUCAUCUUACUAUGUUUUAGACUUUCAAGUGGAAUUAAAGCUUUUAGCAGCUGCAGCAUUAAAGACUUCCAAAAUUUCAUUAAAUUCAAGGGAGCCCAUUGCCUCUCUAAUCGACCUAAUUUAAAAUUGUUUUAUAAGAAGCGAAGUGCCAGAAGCAAAGCGCUUUGUGGGAAUGGUGUUCUGGAAGCUGGAGAGAAGUGUGACUGUGGCUCUGAAGAGGUCAGUACCUCCUGUUUUCCAGGUUUGUUCAUUUGAAUGUGUAUUCUGCCCUAUUCCAGGGGUUUUGGGUUGAUUAUUUAAAAUAAACAGAGAAGCAGACAUUUAGAAUAACUCCCACCUACCUGUGCCUGCUUUCCACUUUUGCUCUGGGAAGCCUCCAGGGCUGCUGCAAACACCCCUUUUGGAAAACUGGCAGCUGCCUUAAACCAAGCUUACCUGGAGAUGAUGGGGAUUGAACCCGGGACCUUCUGCAUUCAAAACCGAUGCUCUAGCACUAAACUAUGGCCCUUCUGGUUGUUUUUGCCUGCUCCUGAUGUGUUUAAAUUGGAAAAAUACUUGUUGUAUUCUCUUCUAGCACAGCUUUGGAAAUUUAAAAACAACAUGGUUAUCAAAUGAAAAACUAUGUAGCAGUUAUUUGAAAAGCCAACCAAAGCCAACAGGAGACCAUAUAUAUGUGUGAAGACCAGUUUAUUGUCAGAAAUGUGAAACUAACCCUAUAUCCAAAUAACAGUACAAAAAGCUCAUCGGCUUAGAACCAGGUUAGCUUUGGGACCAAUAUAUAUCUGCCUAGGAAUUAAGAUGAAAGUCAGAGAAUCAUAGAAUUGUAGGGUUGGAAGGGACCAUGAGGGUCAUCUAGUCCAACCCCCUGCAAUGCAGGGAUAUUUUUGCCCAACAUAGGGCUUGAAACCAUGACCCUAAGAUUAAGAGUCUCAUGCUCUACCGAACGAGCUGUCAGAUUCCUUGUUCUUGGUGCCAUCUCAAUACAGUAUAUUUCUUGAGUGAGCACAAGAAACAGGUCCUCUCUGUAGCUCACUGUUUUUUUAUCAAUUGAAAACUGGCAGGCAGCAGUGGCUGAUUCAAAGGGCAAAUGAGGCUUUGCCCUGACAACCUCAGUGCCCCCUCACCUGCCCACCUUUUAACUAGUCCAGGGGAUAACAGUCGGCUUCCUCUCACUCUCAAUGUUGUCCCUUGGAUAAAUCAGCAAGGAUGGGGAUGGGGACAAAACCAGAAUGAGUUGGUUCUGUCUGUUGUUGGCUCUGACCCUUGUUACUGUUAGUCUCCCUGCCUUCCGCCCUGCCUGUCCCAAUGGGCACCAGUCAUCACUGCUGUCUCUUUUGCCAGAAAUUGAAGAUGCUUUUUAUUUCAAUAGGCUUUUGACAUGCAACACCCAGGGUUAUGGAUGCAAGUUAUAAUACAGUAGUAGGGGAACAAUGGCCCUCCUGAUGUUGUUGGAAUACCACGCCUGUCUUCCCUGACUAUUGGCCAUGCUGGCUGGGCAUGAUGGAAGCUGUGGUCCAAAGCACCUGGAGGGCACCAGGUUGAUGAAGAGAAAACACAUGUGAGAGCUGGCGUUAAGGUGAAAAGCACCUCACCUUUUAGAUGUAUUACAGCUGUUAUGGCAGGUACCCCAUUCUCCCUGAACACAGACUUGAGAAAAACCCUUCCACUGGCUCAACAAAUAUUCUUUCAGUGGAGGGAAGAGCAAGGGGAUGGGAACCUGUGAGGGCCCGGGAAGGCCUCUGAGGGCUCCAGCCUGCCUUCGGGUUUCCAACUGCUUCAAUGUGAAAUUGAGAAGGUGCUCUCCAUAUGACUUCCCCACCAACCACAGAGUUGUAUCCUUUGUUUUCAUCACUAGACUAUUCCUCCUUAGGGCUCCUCCUUAGAGCCUGUACACAUUGCUGGCACAGGCACAUAAUGGCUGCUGCAGGUGCAGGGGGGUCCACAGGAAUGGACACAGCAGACUGGUAUUGGGUUGAAUAAGGUCACAACUUCACUGAUCACAGGAAAGAGUAGGUUUGGCUAAGGCACUGGGCAUGUAUCCUGAUCAGGCAGCCUGCCUGCUACCUGAUAUGGACCCAGUGGGUUCCAUCCUGUGCUGGGGAGUUGCCCCCAAUGUAGAUUGGGUGUCUUGACUCCACACAGGCCACCAUUUGGAGAGGUGUAUUGGCCCAUCAUUCCCCCUGUGGACUCCCAGAGUCCACAGGGGGAAUGAUGGACUCUGGGAGUCCACAGGGACUCCCAGAGUCCAUCAUUCCUGGACACCUCUAAUGGUGUACCCCUGUGACUAACGAUCCAGUCCAAUGCCUCAUCUACCCAAGCUGCGAUGGUUGCCAUGAGGUAGGUGAAAACCUGCAAAGCGGCCAGUUUGCUUGCAGGAGAAAAUUCCUCUCUGGCCACAAAUAUGACAGCCGAGUAAAUCACAGCAAGGUUCAUAUGCCACUUGCCCACUCUCCCAUUGAGCGGUCCCUAACUGGGUGGGUGGAAAAUCAAGUGACAAUAAGGCAAGAGGGUGACCUGCACCUGGCUGCUCUCUUAAAUAGGCCAGAGAUGGGCUGGAUGCAGCCUUCCAAACCCUGCCAUUGAUUUGGCCCUACCUACAGGCACUGCCUGCCCAUACCUGCAAGGCUGUUGCAGAUGGAGGUGGGGUGAUGCCAGGUAACCACUCCUUCCCCCAGCUGCAGCAGAAAAUGGUGGCAUCCCUGGACCCACCACGGCCACACCAUCCAGCAGACGUUGCCCAUCCAGAGCCCCAGGUGAGCGGUUUCUCUCUUCUGCAUCAAGGGGUAGGGGGUGAUAACUCAGUGACAGAUCACAUGCCCCAUAUGCAGAAGAACUUGGAAUUGAUUCAGAAUAUUCCCAUCUAUAGAAUUCCAGGCAGCAGGACUGGGAAAGACCCCAUGCUAAAGACGCUCCAAAGGACCCCCGGAAGAGGGAGCUAAACAUUAGCAUGUGCCCCAUUUUCCCACAAUGACUGAAAAGUGGGCAAAAAAAUGCCCUCCCGAAGCAUUCUCUCUCCCUAGAGGAAGAAAGAUGCAUUGAACCUUUAUUUUUCCCCCUCUGUUGAGUAUAAAAGCAAAUAAGGGGGUGAUGAUGUACAUACAAACUACAGGAAGGGAAUGAUUAAACAGCACCCCUCCUCCCCCAGGCUGCUCAUAAUACUCUUGAUAGUGGCAGCUUGGUUGCUGGUGGGGUGGGGUGGGGUGACAGAAUCUCAUAACUGAUAUCUCAACAAGCGUUCUAAAUGGAUAUCUUUAUCCCAGCUGAUGUCUAUAUUGAAUCUGAACUGAUUUAAUGUUAUGUGCUGGUGUUGUUUUAGACUGUUAUUUUUAUUUAAAUACCUGUAUAUAGUAAGAUUUUUGUUAUAUGUAAUAGUUGUAACUGAUAUAUAUUUGUAAAUACCUCUGGGAAGUGGUUCGUAUAUUAAAAAUAGUAUUAUAAUCAGGUUUAUUUGAGUAAAAUUUGAAGUCAACCUUUCCCUCUUGUCCUUUCCUGUAUUUUGAAAUUCCUCUGUGUAAAAAAGCAUGAUGUAGCAGAAAAGAUUUGAGCAGAUUCCAUGUAUAAACCUUUACAUUUAUUUAUUUAAUAAAAUUCAUACACUGCUUGAUUGUAAAACAAACCUCAAAGCUUACCUCAAAGCAACAUCUUUAUGCGCCCCCUCGCCCAGCUUGUCCGGAGUUUGGGGCUGGGUUGCCAUCAGUAUGCUGAUGACACCCAACUCUAUCUGUUGAUGGAUGGCCAUCCUGACUCGGCCCCAGACACACUGACCAGAUGUCUGGAGGCUGUGGCUGGAUGGUUACGUGGGAGCCGGUUGAAGUUAAAUCCUUCGAAGACAGAGGUCCUCUGGCUGGGACGGGACAAUAUGGGAUUGAGGGGGCAACUCCCAUUUCUUGCGGGGGUGCAAUUAGUGCCAGCAUCGUCCGUUAAGGGUUUGGAUGUAAUCUUCGAUACCUCCCUCUCUAUGGAGGCGCAGAUUACAGCUAUAACAAAGGCGGCAUUUUUCAUCUCCACCAAGCUAAGCAGUUGGCUCCUUAUCUCUCUCGUCCUGACCUAGCCACUGUGAUCCACGCGACGGUCACCUCCAGACUGGAUUAUUGUAACUCGCUCUACACGGGGCUGCCCUUGAGACUGACCCAGAAACUCCAGCGGGUGCAGAAUGCCGCGGCGAGACUCCUUAUGGGGUCUUCGCUGCGUGAUCACAUUCAUCUGGUACUAUACCAACUGCACUGGCUCCCGGUGGAGUACAGGAUCAGGUUUAAGGUGCUGGUUUUAACCUUUAAAGCCCUAUACGGCCUAGGACCCUCGUACCUACGGGACCGCCUCUCCUGGUAUGUCCCACAGAGGAACUUACAGUCUGCAAAUAAAAACAUCCUGAAGAUCCCAGGCCACAGAGAGGUUAGGCUGGCCUCAACUAGAGCCAGGGCUUUCUCGGCCGCAGCUCCAAUCUGGUGGAACGCUCUGUCACAAGAGACUAGGGCCCUGCGGGACCUGACAUCUUUCCGCAGGGCCUGUAAGACAGAGCUGUUCCACCAGGCCUUUGGUCAGGGCGCAGCCUGACCCCCUCCUCUGGCAAUCUGCACAGAAUUUUGCUUAAUGGUUGCCAAUUUGAUUUUAAUUAAUUUUUAUAAUGAAAUGUUUUUAGAACGUUGGAUUAUUUUGAUUGUUGUUAGCCGCCCUGAGCCCAGCUUCGGCUGGGGAGGGUGGGAUAUAAAUAAAUUUAUUAUUAUUAUUAUUAUUAUUAUUAUUAUUAUUAUUAUUAUUAUUACAAAAAAAAGAUAAAACAAUAGAGUGCCCCGUUGGCCUUAAAGUUUUGGAGUUUCAGCUUUCACUUUCAUUUUUUUCAUUGUCUAAACUCUUUACUGACCCCAAACAAAAAGCUGUAUGAUUUUUGUUUUCAGGAAUGUAAGUACAGUAAAUGUUGUACUAGCUCAUGUACGUUUCUCCGUGGAGCAGUGUGCAGCAACGAAUUGUGCUGUGAAAACUGUCAGGUAAGAUGCUAAAGUACUCUCUUCACUGCCUUGGCCACACAUUCACCUCAGUUUGUUUGAAUUGACACUACCACCUCCUCUGAAUUUUAUCUCCGUAACCUCUGUGUUGCAGCCAAUGCUCAUCCUACACAAAGCUGACCCAUCAAAGUUAAUGGACAUGGCUAGCUUAGUUUCAUUAAUUUCAAUGUGUCUACUGUGAGUAGAACUUAGUUAGUUACAACCAUUUGCAGCCUGAUGUAAGAUUCUAAUUAACUUUGAACUGCAAUCAGAUCAAGGAAGAAUUUCCUUUAAAGAUGGAAUGCCACUUUUGAGGAUUUCCAUAUCAGCAUUAAAUGCUGAUGUUGUUCAAGGGUAGGGAAAGAAUCUCGGGAUCUCAGCAGCAAUGUAAGCACUUACACAGGUGAGUGUGAAGGUUUACCAAAGUUCUGCAGACCAUGUAGGAGAAAUCCAAAUCACAAAAAGGAGACGGUUUUAUUGAUUGCAAAGCAAUGCACAUGGCCACCAGACUACAAUAUAGCAAUUCAUAACAAAUGCCCCAAAGGCUGCAGCCACAACAGGGAAUGCAGUUACUGAUCAAAGACGGCUCACUGCACUCAAAUUAUACCUUCAACGGCAACUCAUCUAGCCUUCAGGCACAAGAGACUCUCUGCUCAGCCCAAGGCAGGGCUUCACUAAUCUCUAGGGAAGAGAUAAAUAAAUAUAUAAUAAAAUUAUACUACUCUACUAAUGGUUCAGGAAGCUAGUCCCACAGUCUGUUUCCCAGGCCUUGUUUCAUCAAAGCCUUGUUUCUCCCAUUGCUCUGUCCCAGCUCCUACCAACCUGGCAGUUUGAAAGCACACCAGUGCAAGUAGAUAAAUAGGUACUGCUGCAGCGGGAAGGUAAACGGCAUUUCUGUGCACUCUGGCACUUGUCACUUCAUUUCUUUGACCUUGCAGGUGGUGGGCAACUCCCCAAACUCAUGUCAGUAAUUAACAUAGAUAACAAUUUUCUGAGAACAAAUGACCUAGUUUUUACAGCAAUCCCCAACAGCAUUGUAAUCCACUCUGUGCUCCAGUUCAAAGUAAGGGUGGAAUAAAGGUAAAGGGACCCCUGACCAUUAGGUCCAGUCGUGCCCGAUUCUGGGGUUGCGGCGCUCAUCUUGCUUUAUUGGCCGAGGGAGCCAGUGUACAGCUUCCGGGUCAUGUGGCCAGCAUGACUAAGCCGCUUCUGGUGAACCAGAGCAGCGCAUGGAAACACCGUUUACCUUCCUGCCGGAGCGGUACCUAUUUAUCUACUUGCACUUUGAUGUGCUUUCGAACUGCUAGGUUGGCAGGAGCAGGGACCGAGCAAUGGGAGCUCACCCCAUCGUGGGGAUUCGAACCACCAACCUUCUGAUCGGCAAGUCCUAGGCUCUGUGGUUUAACCCACAGCGCCACCCGCGUCCCCAAGUGUGGAAUAUGAGGAACUAAAUAUGUAAAACAUGCACAUAAAUACUCAUAUUGAGGCAAUAAACAGCCUCCAGGAAGACCAUGCUAGCAUGCCAUCUGCACAUUUUUCUGUACAAUGAGUGGAAAAAAGACGUCAGACACCAAAGGUAGACAGCCACUUUUUUCCAUAUGGUUCCCACAUGUGGUGUUUGGCUAUGGAGCUGCUCUAAGCAGCUUACAACCUCUUAAGAGUUAAAGAAACAGACAGGCCUUAGACCAUCUUGUAAGGACUGUGUGGGCAUGUGCCCUGUUCAGUCCGGUGAUUAUGUGGCUUAAACAACUUUAGGACCUGUGCAUAAGUCUGAGGGUAAUGAAAUGGGAAGGUUAACUGCAAAUUGUGGAGUCAACAGGAAUCCUUCUCAACCCUAGCUGUAGUCCUCCGUGAAAAAUGCUAUUGAUACUUUCCUUCUUCCUUUUCCUUUUCACCUAGUUUAAGCCAAGAAACACAAUCUGUAGAGCAGCUGUAGAUAGUGUCUGCGAUUUUCCUGAGUACUGCAAUGGCAGUUCGGCGUCCUGCCCAAGCAAUGUUUAUGCCCAGAAUGGCUAUAGCUGUGCUUCUAAUGCUGGCUACUGUUAUGGUGGAUCCUGUCAGGCAGCUGAUCUACAGUGUCAGGAUCUUUUUGGUGAAAGUAAGUGAGACAACUUGCUUUUUGGCUUCUUUUAAAAACAAAAUGAAAUAUUUACUCUUAAAAAGAACAAGCAAGGAAGCAAGCAGCUUCCUUCUGUAACCAAAUUGUGUGUGCAUGCCCACUCAUACCUAUACCAUGAGCUUUCCUCAGCUUUUAUACCAGUUUGCCCGUUGAAUGAGUCCUGGCUUUCUCUUGAACUCUUUGAGCAGAAUUCAGCGUCACACUACUGUACAGUCAUACUUCGGGAUAAAUAUGCUUCAGGAUAAGUAUUUUCGGGUUGCGCUCCACGGUGAACUGGUGAACUUCCUGGUUUUGUCACUCACGCAGGCGGAGAUGGUCAAAAUGACGUCACGCGCAUGCACGGAAGCAGCAAAACGUGACCUGUUCUAUUCAGGAUGUGAACGGGGUUGAAACCUUCUACCCCCUCCUCCCCCCACACCCUGUUUGGGGGGCUUUCCUGACACAUAUGCCCUUUUGGCUGAGCUGGCUGGAGGGGGAAGCUCAUAGUGUUAGUUGUGCUGCCUUCCACGUUUGCAACUAGUCCCAAUGUGGCUGGUUUCCAAGGCAUGCUUCUUCUUCCUUAGUUCAGAAGAUGGCUACCAGAAUUCUGACUGGUAUGACCAGGUUUAUGCAUUUUAUGCCAACUUUAAAAUCACUCUACUAGCUACCUAACUGCACUUAGGCACAAGCCAAACUGCUGUUAGUUACCAUGCCAACCUGUUCAGUUAUGUUGUUUUGGUGGAGCCCUUCAUCAAAUGCCUUUAUGGGGGAUCCUGCUGAAUCAGACCGAAGGCCUAUCUAGUCAGGAUUCUGUUCUCACCGUAGCCAACAAGAUGCCUAUAGGAAGCCUACAAGUAGCUCUGCUGCUCCUUCUGCCUCUUUCUACAGGAAGUUAUACUGUAUAUAGAGCUGUCAUAGCUAGUAGCUAUCUAUAGACUUACCAUUCAUAAUUUUGCAAAUGCCCUUUUAAAUCCAUCUCAAUUGGUGGCCUUCACUACAUCUUGCAGCGAUCUCCAUGAUUUAGAACCUCAAAGCCAAAGUGAGAGCAUUUGAGUCAAAAUUAAGGGAGAGAAGAAUAACAGUGACCUCAUUGUGGGAGUUUACUAUAGAUCCCCAAGCCAAACGGAGGACAUAGAUGAUGCCUUCCUGGAACAGAUGGCCAAGCAUGCAAAAGGAAGGGAGAUAGUAGUAAUGGGGGACUUCAAUUACCCGGAUAUUUGUUGGAUGUCAAACUCAGCCAAGAGCAUAAGGUCAAACAGAUUCCUCACUGGCCUUGCAGACAACUUCAUUGUCCAGAAAGUGGGAGAAGCAACAAGAGGAACAGCCAUUUUAGAUCUGGUCCUAACCAAUGUUGAUGACCUGGUUAGUGGGGUAGAAGUGGAAGGAUCAUUAGGCGCGAGUGAUCAUGCUCUUCUGAAGUUUACUAUACAGCGGAAAGGAGCAGCCAAGCAUACUAGGACUCAAUUUCUUGACUUUAAGAAAGCCGACUUCAUAAAACUUAGGAAAGUGCUGGGUGAGAUCCCAUGGACAGUAAUACUAAAAGGAAAGGGAGUUCAUGAUGGCUGGGAGUUUGUUAAGACGGAGAUAGUAAAAGCACAACUUCAGGCAAUACCAAUGAGACGGAAACAUGGAAGGUGCCUAAAGAAGCCAGGGUGGCUAUCUAAAGAACUUUUAACUGAGUUAAGAUUAAAAAGGAUGUGUACAAAAAUGGAAAAGGGGGAAACCACCAAAGAGGAAUUCAAACAAAUAGCCAGCACGUGUAGACACAAAGUCAGAAAAGCUAAAGCACAGAAUGAACUCAGGCUUGCUAGAGAGGUUAAAAGCAACAAAAAAGGCUUUUAUGGGUAUGUUCAGAGCAAAAGGAAGAACAAAGAAACAGUGGGGUCACUCAGAGGAGAAGAUGGUGAAAUGCAAACAGGGGACACAGAAAGGGCUGAACUCCUCAAUGCCUUCUUUGCCUCAGUCUUCUCCGAUAAAGAAAACAAUGCCAAGUACAAGAAUACUUGGCUAGUCUAGAUGUAUUCAAGUCUCCAGGGCCAGAUGAACUGCAUCCAAGAGUAUUAAAAGAACUGGCAGAUGUGAUCUCAGAACCACUGGCAGUCAUCUUUGAGAAUUCCUGGAGAACAGAUGAAGUCCCAGCAGACUGGAGGAGGGCAAAUGUUGUCCCUAUUUUCAAAAAGGGGGAAAGAGAGGACCCAAAUAAUUACCGCCCAGUCAGUCUGACAUCAAUACCAGGGAAGAUUCUGGAGCAGAUCAUUAAGCAAACAGUCUGUGAGCACCUAGAAAGGAAUGCUGUGAUCACCAAUAGUCAGCAUGGAUUUCUGAAAAAUAAGUCAUGUCAGACUAACCCGAUCUCGUUUUUUGACAGAAUUACAAGCCUGGUAUAUGAAGGGAACGCAGUGGAUGUAGCCUACCUUGAUUUCAGCAAGGCAUUUGACAAGGUGCCCCAUGAUAUUCUUGUAAAGAAGCUGGUAAAAUGCGGUCUUGACUAUGCUACCACUCAGUGGAUUUGUAACUGGCUGACUGACCGAACCCAAAGGGUGCUCAUCAAUGGUUCCUCUUCAUCCUGGAGAAGAGUGACUAGUGGGGUGCCACAGGGUUCUGUCUUGGGCCCGGUCUUAUUCAACAUCUUUAUCAACGACUUGGAUGAUGGACUCAAGGGCAUCCUGAUCAAAUUUGCAGAUGACACCAAACUGGGAGGGGUGGCUAACACCCCAGGGGACAGGAUCACACUUCAAAACGACCUUGACAGAUUAGAGAACUGGGCCAAAACAAACAAGAUGAAUUUUAACAGGGAGAAAUGUAAAGUAUUGCACUUGGGCAAAAAAAAGGAGAGGCACAAAUACAAGAUGGGGGACACCUGGCUUGAGAGCAGUACAUGUGAAAAGGAUCUAGGAGUCUUGGUUGACCACAAACUUGACAUGAGCCAACAGUGUGACGCGGCAGCUAAAAAGCCAAUGCAAUUCUGGGCCUCAUCAAUAGGAGUAUAGCAUCUAGAUCAAGGGAAGUAAUAGUGCCACUGUAUUCUGCUCUGGUCAGACCUCACCUGGAGUACUGUGUCCAGUUCUGGGCACCACAGUUCAAGAAGGACACUGACAAACUGGAAUGUGUCCGGAGGAGGGCAACCAAAAUGGUCAAAGGCCUGGAAACGAUGCCUUAUGAGGAACGGCUACGGGAGCUGGGCAAGUUUAGCCUGGAGAAGAGGAGGUUAAGGGGUGAUAUGAUAGCCAUGUUCAAAUAUAUAAAAGGAUGUCACAUAGAGGAGGGAGAAAGGUUGUUUUCUGCUGCUCCAGAGAAGCGGACACGGAGCAAUGGAUCCAAAUUACAAGAAAGAAGAUUCCACCUAAACAUUAGGAAGAACUUCCUGACAGUAAGAGCUGUUCGACAGUGGAAUUUGCUGCCAAGGAGUGUGGUGGAGUCUCCUUCUUUGGAGGUCUUUAAGCAGAGUCUUGACAACCAUAUGUCAGGAGUGCUCUGAUGGUGUUUCCUGCUUGGCAGGGGGUUGGACUCGAUGGCCCUUGUGGUCUCUUCCAACUCUAUGAUUCUAUGAUUCUAUGUUUAACUAUGUGCUGCAUGAAGAAGAUAUCUUAAAUAACUAAAUAAUUCUGCUUCAGUGAAAACAACAGUCUUGCAGCACCUUCAGGGCUAACAUUCAUUAUUUGCAGAGGCAAAUCCAAUUUAUGCAUCAGACUGAUUUGUUUGUACACAUAUGAAAGUAUCUGUUAAGAGCAUUGCUAAAAGAAAACUAUUAAAUGUUUCAUUUUAGUUAUUCUAAUCAAAAUCCUUUUAAUAUUUAUAGAGUCAAAAAGUGCUCCUCAAGCAUGUUAUGAAGAAAUUAAUGGUCAGACAGAUAGAUUUGGACACUGUGGGAUUGACAUACGAAAGGGAUUUAAGACUUGUUCUUUCCGGUAUGUGAUUAGGAAACAGAAGAAACUGAAAUAAAAUUUUCAGGGGGAGGAGUGUGGCAGGAUGUUUGUGGGUUGGCGGCUUGGGCAUCUUCUAUUGUAUGGUGCAUGUUUUUACUGUUGUUAUGGUAUCAAGGUAGCCAGGUGGAGUGGGCUGUCAUGAUCCUCCCACAGGGACUAGGACACCCAGUUGGAGGCUCCUGUGUCACUAGCUGAGGGACGGCACUUGGUUUAUGACCCUGACCCUUGAUGCUGGAGGUCAGUCCCACUAAACUGUGGUUGACAGUCAGGUGUCUGCUGAACCACAUCCCACAGCAUCAAGGCCCAUGGUGCUGGAGCCAGGAUUGUCAUGGGCAUCUCUUCCCUCAAGACCAAGGAACACAGUGUCUCCCACACUGUCAGUCCAACGGUGCAAGAAGCACACCAAAUGGGAGGUCAUGGAGCACUGAAGAAGUGCCUAUUUUCAGGCCCUUUAGGAGAUUCUAGUUCCCCAAAGGCAGCAGAGCCUCGAGACAGAGGUUUACAAGUCCUCAGUUCACUUCCAAGCAGGGGCGGAUCUUGGUAAUAUGGUGCCCUGUGUGAGGCCCAAAUUUGACGUGUUCCCCACUCCACCCAAAGCUGCCUUCCAAAAGCCGGGGAAGGGAGGCACCAAGCUUUGGGAAGGAGGCACAAAUCUCCCUCCCACCUCCUUCCUACCCACCCUCCCACCCUAAAGCUGGGCAAGUGCUAACUAGGCUUUGGGAAGGAAGCAGGAGGACUCUAGGGUCCUGUCAGAGCCCUCACACCUCCCCAUCAUUUAAAUCCAUCUCAGCCAAAAGAAGAGAACUCAUUCUGAAACUUAUCUAUAGAUGGAACCUAACACCACGGAAUCUGGCACUUCCUCAUCUAAAUGCUGGAGAGGCUGCACUUCCAUGGCCACGUACCUCCACAUGUGGUGGGAAUGCCCCCAAAUUUAAUCCUUUUGUAUAUCAGUGCUGCAGGAAAUCUGCAUAAUAACAAAACAAGUAAUAGAAGCAACUCCAGAAUUAGUCCUGUUAAAUAUCUUCCAAGGAACAACUCACAUGACAAGUCACUUACUCUCAGCAACUAAAAACAUCAUGACUAGACACUGGAAUGACCUAUCAGGAGUGAAUAUAGACCACUAGUACCAAAAAGUAUAGAAAACUGCCCUAUUAGAAAAGUUAACCAACAAACUUAAAGUUGCACGGGUGUGGCUCCCCUUUAUCAUAUAUACAGCACAACAAGACAAUGAUCUAUUCUCUCCCCCACCCCAACAGCAUAAGAAUCAAUAUGGGUAAUCUGACCCAACAACCCCAUACCCUCAUACAAACCAACCAACCAACCAACCAACCAACCACACUGCAACUAACUGAACACAACCAACCGAGCGUUGGGCACUCAAAUCUCUCGCAGUGCCAUCAUAAAUGAAUAAAUAUAUAAAUAUAUAGAGGACCUACCCACACGAUGCUGACAUAAAAACCCUGCACAAACUACACAACAGAACAAAAUAUCAGUGUCCCCUCAUCUCUCUCCCCUUCCCUCUCUCUUGUCCCCCAAUCGCAUAUGUGUCUAGUACUAAAUGUUAAUGAACUGUGAAAAAAACUAUGAAUUGAAAGUAGAGACACUAUAUGUACUUUUUUUGUCUAUUUGUUUGUUUGCUACACAAUAAAAUCUUUAAUAAAAACUAAUUUGAAAAAAUAACGGACACAACAUAAAAGAAAAAUGGAUUGAGAGGAAGGAUUAGUUAAUUAAUUAAUUGUAGCUUGCCUUUCACCAAAAUGAUUAUAAGGUAGUUCACAUAAGAAAAUCAACAGAGCAAAACCAUACUACUACAACAAAUUAAGAUAUACCAAAAUAAAUCCGUUGGGCACAAACUGUUGGGCAGUAAUCUUUGAUGCCAGAUGUUUCAAAGGUUGAGGAAUGACAGCCCCUCCCACAUGUCAUCUGUGUAAUGAAAAGCAUGCAUUUUUAGGUAACAUGUUCAAAAAUAUACUUCAGUUGUUAAAUCUGAUAUUUUGGAGGUGAAAAAAACAUUUCCAAUACAUAAUCCCCAACUCUUUACAAAUGUGUGAUCCUGUUCUUUUCUCCAAUUCCUUUGAUAGGGAUAUCAAAUGUGGAAAGUUAAUUUGUGUCUAUCCAACCAGAAAGCCUUAUGUUGACAUGAACAUUCCAAUUCUGUACACUCCUUUCCAAGAUACCCUUUGUAUAUCUCUGGACCUUCAACAACCAGAGGGCUUUCCGGACCCAAUGCUGGUGAAAGAUGGUACAAAAUGUGGAACUAAAAAGGUAAGGGAUACAAUCUGACACAGCAUGACUAUUACUGUGAUUUAAAUGUUGUCACCAGUGUGUAUGGUGUCCUAGAGAGCAGCAUAAGCAAAAGGAAGACCACUGGUCUCAUGCUUGAAGAACUUAAAAUCUAAAUUUCAGCUUUGAGGAGACAGGUAUGAUGGGCUGGGAGCGAUGGGAGAAGCAGAGAUGGAAAUCAGCAAAUGCAAUUAGACGUUGUUUGUUCAUAAGUGCCGAAAGUGAGGGGGGGACCUCAGGGCCAGGGGGCUUAAUGCAGCCCUGCAGACUUUUCUUUCUCCUCAGGCUAUGCCCCCUCCACAGAUCUCACCUCUCACUGGCCUUGACCUGUGCCCUCCUGGGCUGCUUUUGCUUGGCUGCAACAUGUCCCUGAGCAGUGCUGACACCUCUUGCUUGCCUGAGUGGAAGAGGGAGAGAGGGGUUUGCAUGUCAACCCACACAGCAUGGCCGCAGACUUGCAUGGCCGGCUUCUGUCAUCUCUCUUGCUCCAUCCACUUUAGCAUAUGGCCUAUGCAAAUUAAUCCUGCCGUCCAGUCAGCGCUCCCUGCUCAGCUCUGCUGGGACUGACCUGGGCAGAAAAUGCAGAGUCGCAGCGGUCCUGCCGUCCGUGUGAGAUAGAGGGAUAAAACAAGUCCAGAGACAGUUUCUUGCUAUCUCUAAAAGUGUUUAUUUACAAGCCAUAAAUCAGUCUCAUUCCAUCGGAACUCUCCGGCAUCUUUCCCGUGCUAAAAGCACACACAGUCUCUACAGUGACUCUCAGUCUAAUGUGAAAGUAGCUUUCACAGACAAAAACGGACAAAGCCUGUGAUGUACGGCCCCUCCCCAGAUACAGGACACCAAGGAGUUUAACCCUAUAACCUCCAAACUCCACACCCCCUCUUGUCCUGCAUCUGGGGGAAACAAGCAACAAUGCUCACCCCAAACACAGACCUUCACAGAGUUCCUGGACCAAACACGCAUAGAACUCCAGUUCUCUGCAAACCUCAGAUAGCGCACUGAACUCAGCUUCAGUAGACGAAAGCGCUAUGAGACUUUGCUUCCGGGACCUCCACCCAACUACUGAGUUCCCAAACUUCACCACUAGGCCUGAACUGAUUUGCAGUCCUGAAGGUUAGCCCAAUCCGAAUCCACCCACGCUGUAAGCUUGACAUCACCCUCAGCUGACAACUUGAGGCAAAAAUCUUUGGUAUCUUGCAGGUAACGCAGCACCCGUUUAAUACCAUUCCAGGCCUGUACACUUGGACUUGAAGCCUCUCUACUGAGCAGAUUGAUAGCAAACGCUAUAUCUGGUCUGCUCCACUGUGACAGAUACAGUAGACUACCCAGAGCUGAAAGAGUUCAGCAUUUUCGAACACAGAGCGUUCUACUUGCUGACAUUCUUUCACGUAACCAGCCUCCAUGAGUGUUUUGACACCUGCACACUCAGACAUUCUGAACUUCUCAAGCAACUGCUCAAUCUUACCUUUCUGGUUGAGCAAAAAGCUUCCAUAUCUUGUUCUAGUUAUCCCUACGCCUAGAUACGACUUGACAUCUCCAAGCUGCUUGAGCUUGAACAGCUUUCCAAGCUCCCUAGCAAACUUCUCCACUUGUUUACCUGUCUGUGAUAUGUACAAAAUAUCAUCAAGAAAAAUCUGAGCAGCUUCCUGUGUCACACCUGACCCUUUAAGACAGCUGUCAGCAACACUUCUCUUGAAACCUAGCUCUUCUAAGGCUUCAUUCAGACACAUGUUCCAGUUUCUGGCAGAUUGACGUAACCCAUAAAUGGAUUUGUGCAACCGCCACACGAUGCCUGGCCCACUGACCUCAAACCCUGGAGGAGGAAGCAUGUAGUCCUCCUGGAGGUCUGAGUUCAGAUAGGCGACAUCCACGUCAAAAUGUUCGCUUUCCAACCUUUAUAUUGUGGUUCUCCAGCUUCUGUGGGUCCACAGGCGAUAAACCCAUCUGCAACUCAUAGCCUGCUUGGCAGCCGACAAUUGUGUGAGUGAGAACAUACCAAGAGAUUCCAUUGAGUUCAUCUUCCACAUCUCCUCAUGCCAUUUGCUAGCUUCUUCCUGAGGCAACUUCUGAACAUCCUCAAAGGAUUCAGGUUCACAUCUAGCCACACCUACCCACACGAUAGUGGCUUCAUACCUUUCCUUUGGUUGACCUUGCUGACCUUCUCAGCGUGAAUUCUGGAACUGCACCUGAUUCACUAGGGCCAGCCACACCAUCCCCUGUGUCAGAAACGUCCCCCUCUGACCUGCUGCGCCUUUUAGGCCUCACAACUGGGUCUGUAGGCGAGGAUGGCUCACUCCUUGGCUCAGACUUGACAGAGACCUGUGGAGGGGUCUUGGGACUUCCCUUUGGAGAGGUUCGGAGCCUCUCCCUUGGGGACCCUGGUUCUGGACUCUGUGGCUGUGGAGUGUGCACCUCAGCAACAGGUUCAGUUUCGUCGUCCUCCUCUUCCUCAUCUGAGUCAAACUGUUCUGAAAGAACAUCCGGGUUCCCGUGAAGAUGUUUCCACCCACUCUGCUCGCAGAACUCAGCGCUGCCGCUAAUAAGCAGCUUAGAGUGGUUGCCAGUAGGGUAUGCGAAACGCCACGCCUACAAAUUUUUUGAAAAUUCUUCAAAAUUCAAAAUUUCGCAAAAUUCUAAAAUCAAAAUCUCAAAAAUCUCAAAAUAAAAAAUAAUCCUUCACUGCCUUAGGUCAUGGUGAACUCUGAGGGAAGGGGGGAGGGUUGCUUAAUCCCCACUGCACAAUGGAACAAAGAAUCAUAGAAUCAUAGAAUCAUAGAGUUGGAAGAGACCACAAGGGCCAUCGAGUCCAACCCCCUGCCAAGCAGGAAACACCAUCAGAGCACUCCUGACAUAUGGUUGUCAAGCCUCUGCUUAAAGACCUCCAAAGAAGGGGACUCCACCACACUCCUUGGCAGCAAAUUCCACUGUCGAACAGCUCUUACUGUCAGGAAGUUCUUCCUAAUGUUUAGGUGGAAUCUUCUUUCUUGUAGUUUGGAUCCAUUGCUCCGUGUCCGCUUCUCUGGAGCAGCAGAAACAACCUUUCUCCCUCCUCUAUGUGACAUCCUUUUAUAUAUUUGAACAUGGCUAUCAUAUCACCCCUUAACCUCCUCUUCUCCAGGCUAAACAUGCCCAGCUCCCUUAGCCGUUCCUCAUAAGGCAUCGUUUCCAGGCCUUUGACCAUUUUGGUUGCCCUCCUCCGGACACGUUCCAGUUUGUCAGUGUCCUUCUUGAACUGUGGUGCCCAGAACUGGACACAGUACUCCAGGUGAGGUCUGACCAGAGCAGAAUACAGUGGCACUAUUACUUCCCUUGAUCUAGAUGCUAUACUCCUAUUGAUGAGGCCCAGAAUUGCAUUGGCUUUUUAGCUGCCGCGUCACACUGUUGGCUCAUGUCAAGUUUGUGGUCAACCAAGACUCCUAGAUCCUUUUCACAUGUACUGCUCUCAAGCCAGGUGUCCCCCAUCUUGUAUUUGUGCCUCUCCUUUUUUUUGCCCAAGUGCAAUACUUUACAUUUCUCCCUGUUAAAAUUCAUCUUGUUUGUUUUGGCCCAGUUCUCUAAUCUGUCAAGGUCGUUUUGAAGUGUGAUCCUGUCCCCUGGGGUGUUAGCCACCCCUCCCGGUUUGGUGUCAUCUGCAAAUUUGAUCAGGAUGCCCUUGAGUCCAUCAUCCAAGUCGUUGAUAAAGAUGUUGAAUAAGACCGGGCCCAAGACAGAACCUUGUGGCACCCCACUAGUCACUCUUCUCCAGGAUGAAGAGGAACCAUUGAUGAGCACCCUUUGGGUUCGGUCAGUCAGCCAGUUACAAAUCCACUGAGUGGUAGCAUAGUCAAGACCGCAUUUUACCAGCUUCUUUACAAGAAUAUCAUGGGGCACCUUGUCAAAUGCCUUGCUGAAAUCAAGGCAGGCUACAUCCACUGCGUUCCCUUCAUCUACCAGGCUUGUAAUUCUGUCAAAAACGAGAUCAGGUUAGUCUGACAUGACUUAUUUUUCAGAAAUCCAUGCUGACUAUUGGUGAUCACAGCAUUCCUUUCUAGGUGCUCACAGACUGUUUGCUUAAUGAUCUGCUCCAGAAUCUUCCCUGGUAUUGAUGUCAGACUGACUGGGCGGUAAUUAUUUGGGUCCUCUCUUUUCCCCUUUUUGAAAAUAGGGACAACAUUUGCCCUCCUCCAGUCUGCUGGGACUUCGCCUGUUCUCCAGGAAUUCUCAAAGAUGACUGCCAGUGGUUCUGAGAUCACAUCUGCAAGUUCUUUUAAUACUCUUGGAUGCAAUUCAUCUGGCCCUGGAGACUUGAAUACACCUAAACUAGCCAAGUAUUCUUGUACUAUCUCCUUAGUUAUUCUGGGCUGUGUUUCCUUUGCUGAAUCAUUUGCUUCAAAUUCUUCAGGUCGGGCAUUGUUUUCUUUAUUGGAGAAGACUGAGGCAAAGAAGGCAUUGAGGAGUUCAGCCCUUUCUGUGUCCCCGUUUGCAUUUCACCAUCUUCUCCUCUGAGUGACCCCACUGUUUCUUUGUUCUUCCUUUUGCUACGAACAUACCCAUAAAAGCCUUUUUUGUUGCUUUUAACCUCUCUAGCAAGCCUGAGUUCAUUCUGUGCUUUAGCUUUUCUGACUUUGUCCCCCAUUACUACUAUCUCCCUUCCUUUUGCAUGCUUGGCCAUCUGUUCCAGGAAGGCAUCAUCUAUGUCCUCCGUUUGGCUUGGGGAUCUAUAGUAAACUCCCACAAUGAGGUCACUGUUAUUCUUCUCUCCCUUAAUUUUGACCCAAAUGCUCUCACUUUGGCUUUGAGGUUCUAAAUCUUGGAUCUCUUCACAGGUAUACACAUCCCUGACAUAUAACGCCACUCCUCCUCCUUUCUUGUCUGGUCUGUUUCUCUGAAAUAGAUUGUAUCCCCCCCAUUAUUACAUUCCAAUCGUGGGACUUAUCCCACCAGGUUUCAGUGAUGCCUAUUAUGUCAUAUUUAGUUUGCCGUACCAAGAGCUCAAGCUCAUCUUGUUUAUUUCCCAUGCUUUGCGCAUUAGUGUACAGACAUUGAAGUCCAUUACUCAUUCCCCUGUGUCUCUUAUUUAAGGAUUUUUUCCUCCCACCACUAGGUCUGCGUGCUGUUUGCUCCAUUUGGUCUAUGACGACAUUUGGAUGAUCAUCUUCAUCAAUUGAUAAGACUCCUACCUUCAGGAGCACUGUCUCCCUCCCCCACAUUAGUCAGUUUAAAGGACCAUGUGCUUACCAGGAAGUUAUCUCAGAAAAAUACUACUCAACUGAAAAUCACAAUCCAACGCAAUCCUUCAAAAAUACACAAAAAUAUGGAAUACUGGGGCCAAUAACCCUUUGUGGGAAUGUUCAGGGAUGCAGGAGAGGAUAUAUUGUGAGAUUAUAUCCUUAUCCAACUUGUGCUAACAAGUUCCCAAAAUAUCAGCAGAGUUAGUAGACGUUCCCCUUUUAAGUUCGCAACGGUAAUGUGUGCUCAGGUUCGCUAGAACCUCUAUAAUAAUUACUCUGGUAAUUUCCCCUUUGUUCCCUCUUAAAAUAGAAGACACGACACAGUCUUUUAUAAAAGUAUAAAAAGAGUUUACUCACGUUCUGUUCACAAUAGGAUCCCAGAAGGCAGACAGGCUUAAAAAGGUAAAAUACAUUUAGAAUCUAUCUUAUAGGACGAUAGUCCCUUUCUGCUCUCUUGGCUGGGAGCCAAGAGGGCAUCUUUAGCAGAUGUGGCUUCUUCGAAGGAAGAUGGCAGAGAGAGCAAGAGGCAAGAGAGAGAUGGCUGUCCUGCCCUGUACUUUUAUCAAUUACAACAUUCCUGUUGUCCCAGGAAGUUUACCUGCUGGCUGGACAGACAUCCCUCCCCAUGUCUUAACAUGUAUACUCUAGGAAUGUUGUAAUUGACUGCUCCUGUGUUUUACAUCCCACACAGUUUUCCUGUAAAAAGGGUAGAUCUGGAUUAAUGGAGGGAAAAAUACAGACUAGCACUUGGAUGCAGAUGACAUUGUACAUACACUGAAAAAAUCUUGCAUUAAGAUCUCACAAUAAACACCUGUCUGGAAGCACUCAUAGAUGGGGUCUGGUGGACGCAAAAGGUCUGUUGCAGGGCAGCAACUCUUCUUGAAAACUGAAAAAUACUAUUGCUUUUUUUAAAGGUUUGUAUCAAACAAGUAUGUGAAAAGUAUGGCAUCCUGAAAUAUGAUUGUGAUCCUACAAAAAAGUGCUUUGGGCAUGGAGUAAGUAAAAUGAAUGUUAUAUUUUCCAUGUUAGUGUUUCAGCUAUAAAAAGGAGAUGCUGGUUUUCCCUCAUAAACUAUUUGGUAUUUUCUUGAGUGCCUGAAGCGUUCCCCUGUUGAUGGCCUCUCAGCUGAUUCUCUUUGGACCCAGCCAUUAUGGGCAAUUAUCAUCAAAUCUUCCAUUCUUAGGCAAAGUAAUUGAGCAGGUGGUUGCUCAACAGCUCCAGGCAUGUCUAGAGGAUGUGGAACAUUUGGAUCCCUUCCAUUUAAAUUGGAACUAGUGAAUGUCCGGUGUGAGUGUCUGGAAGCGGUUGGAGGAUGGAUGGCAGCUAACAGGUUGAGAUUGAAUCUCAACAAAACACAAGUACUGUUUCUGGAGGACAGGGGGCAGGACUUCCUAGUCCUGAAUGGGGUAACUGUGCCCUUGAAGGACCAGGUGCGCAGCCUGGGAGCCAUUUUGGACUCACAGCUGUCCAUGGAGGCACAGGUUAAUUCUAUUUUCAGGACAGCUGUCUACCUGCUCCAUCUGGUACGCUGGCUGAGACCCUACCUGCCUGCGUACUAUCUCAGCACAGUGGUACAUACCAUGGUUAUCUCUCGCUUGGACUACUGCAGCGUACUCUACAUGGGGCUACCUUUGAAGGUCCAGCUCCAAGGGCUUUCUGGCAGUUCCAGCGAGAAGUGAGCGUUACAGGGAACCAAGCAGAGGGCCUUCUCAGCAGUGGUGCCCUCUCUGUGAAUGCCCUCCCAUCAGAUGUCAAGGAGAUAUUCUAUUCAACCUUUAGAAGACAUCUGAAGGCAGCCCUGUAUAGGAAAUUUUUUAAUGUUUAAUGUUUUAUUAUGUUUUUAUAUAUGCUGGAAGCAACCCAGAGUGGCUGGGGCAAACCAGUCAGAUGGGCGGGGUACAAAUAAUGAAAUAAUAAUAAUAAUUACUACUACUACUACUACUACUACUACUACUACUUUAUCCUUAAUUUUAUUUUAGACUAGAACUGAGGUCCUACUCAGGAAGUAAUAAGAAUAAUAAUGUUUUCUUGAAGCAUAUUUUUCUUUUUAAGAUAAAGCACAUAAGCAAGGAGUAAAUGUUUCCUAUUCCUCCCCCACCUUCAGAUUUGCAACAACAAAAGAAACUGCCACUGUGAUCCAGGAUGGGCACCUCCAAAUUGCAAGGAAAAAGGAGGCCCCCUAGGAGGAAGCAUUGACAGUGGGCUUCGUAUGUUGGCUUCUGGUCAGUAAAAGCAGGAUCUUCCAUCCUGACAAAUAGCUCUGCUGCAGUAGUUUCCAAACUGUUUAGAAUUAGGACCCACUUUUCAUCUCAACCUGAAAACAUGGGACUGGGUUUGAUUUAUGUUUUAACCCAUUCAUUCCCCUCUUUAUUCUUCCCUUGAAUUUUCUGUCUUUCUCAAGGCAGAAAGAACAAGAUAAGAAGUGACAGCACAUUAGCUUAAUAAUCAUUCCUUCUUCCAAAGGAACUUUAGGAUUGUAGGUUGUGUGUUUAUGAGAGUGAGUGUGAGUGAAAUGUUUCAGAAUUCUUAGUACCUGAACUAAACUGCAAUUCCCAGGCAAUGGGAGAAGUGUGGCAGUUAAGCUAGUAUAAAAUUUUCAGUAUAGAUUUAACCCCUCUCUCCAUCCCUGUUUUCUAGUUCUCUUUCAAAGAGCAAAAGUGAAAAGCAAAUGUUUUAGUACUACUGCCCCUCCCUAAACCAGGCUGUGAUGGACUUGUGCAUUCUGAUGCGCCAGCUGAAUCCCAGUGGACUAGUACUAAGUCAGUAUGGGUCAGAACAAUACUUAUUGGUGCCAGAAUGAAAAAAUCCAAACAAUACCUCCUUCUUCUGCUUGUAAUAACCCUGGAGCACAGGAGACACUCUACCAGGAGACACUCUUGCCCAAACUCCAGUGAAAGGAACAGGAGCUGCACGUGAGGAUAGCAUUUAGACACAGAAGAGAGAGAGAGAGAGAGAGCACUGCAGAGAAAGAAGCCAACACAUUCCUAGUGCUACCCAAUUACUGCUUUUCUGCUGUAAGCUGCAAGCAGAACUGCAACUGAUUUCCUACAUCAUUAGUAGUAGGGCAUUUUUCUAUGUGUAUAACCUGCUAUGUUCCUCGGACACCUGUGGAUUUGACAUAACUUCUGUCUGCAGCUCAGUACACAUUCACUAUGACCUUUGUGAAGGAUGCCAUUUUAUAACCCCAUUUCAUAUAUUUUUAAAUGGUCUUUUAAUUUAACACUUUUCCAUCUCUCUAUUUUUUUAAAUGAAAGAGAGGAAUGGUGCUAUAAAACUGUGUUACUACAAUAUUACAUUUUUAUACCACAAUAAUGCUAAUUUAAAAAUAAAAAACCUUUCUGGUUGUUGCUGUUUUAGCAAUGUGGAAAGAGUUUGCUUUCUAAUCUUUAAAAUUUUUUAUAAAAUUGGAGCUUUGGGCAGUGCCACGCUAAAAAUGUCUAAUGCGGCAGCUUUCCUGGUUUUUGCUGUGAAAUUUGUUUCCAUGUAGAUAUUACAGAAAGAGUCAUAGAAGACAACAUGCGGACGUGGGUGCUCCUGAGCAUAUUUCUCUUUCUGCCCAUUGUGGUUGGGUCAGCCAUCCUGAUUGUCAAAUGGGCACGAAUCAGCAAGUACUGCAUAGAUGACAGCGAGUCUCUAGGCGAUUCUGAGUAAGUCACUUUGGCCACAGUUUAUCAGGGCCUGCCCUGUACACACCUGAAAUCUUCUGGUCCAUCAACAAUUUGGACAAGUAGGACCUGCAACAGAAUGCAGUCUUUAGCCAUGGCUGCCUCCACAUUCCCUUUCCCCUCUCACACACUUUUGCAUUGGGCUGUGGGGUUUUAUUGUGGGGUGUGUGAGAGGAAAGUCCCUUGCUUAGGGUUUUUUCCUAAUAUUUUUGUUGUAUUUCUGCAAACCUUGGGGUUCGUCUGAGCCUGCUGAUGGGUCAGAGGUGCAUUUCAGCUGCAUAAUAACACAGAUAGGAGUUUGCUGUUAGUAUAUAUCAGGGAAGGGUUGGCCAUACUGGAGGGAGAUGAUGUCCAACAACAAAAGAAAGAAAAGCAAGGAUAGGAAACCUGUGACCCUCCAGGUGCUGUUGUACUGCAACAACCCAUGGUGGCUAGUGGUCAGGAAAGAUGGGAGGUGUAGUCCAGCAACCUCUGAAGGGUCAUAGGUUGCCCACCCCAGUACAUAUAAUAAUAAUUAACUUUCAGACUUUAUAGUAAAGCUAACUCCAUGACAAAACUGAAGUAUGUUUAUCUGUAUAUAAUUAAGGUUAAGUAAUCUUAAUUCUCAUUACAUUUCAGAUCUUAUACUAGAUCCGAUGAAUAUAGCAUGUCAGACAAAACAAGGUAAGCUUCAACUAACUUAAAGUAUAUUGAUUAAUUUUCCUUCCAGAGCCGGCUGCAGUCUAGAAAAGGAUCACUCCCUAAUUUAUUUUCUCCCUUUGUGAUAGUGAAACAUGGAUUAAAUUGUCUAGUUUUUCCCAUCACUUAAGGAUGGACUGGGUUUAUCUGCAAAAUCUGCUUAUUACCUUUCCUUCCAAGGAGCCUCAAGGGAACACACAGUAAAAUAAGACCUGAAAACAAACAUGGGCAGAGCAGUCUUUUACUCAGGGGUUGUGCAUGGGGGUGGCCGGAGAGUGAUUCUGUUGCUCUGCCAGCGAAAUAACUGUCUCACUCUUCACUAUUCAGUCUCACUCUACCUGGGAGGGGAAAACACACCAGUCCAAAAAUUAGAAGUCAGCUUAAUAGUCACAGACACAGCAUUCCUGGAAAACCAUCAAAGCCUACCAUUCCUAGAUUCCACCAGCAAGGAUACCCACAGGCUGCCCCCACAUGCAGCCAAUGGACUCAUAAUGAUGAAGUCCUGCUCCUAGCACACCCACUGCAUCAUCAGACACACAACGUGCAUCAUUGUCCCCCAAUGGUACAGAUUCAGUGGCACAGCCAGCAGUCAGCCCUCUACUGCUAGUCUCCAGGCUGCUUGGACUCACAGCUGUUGUUCUUUUAGCACAACACAGGAGAACCCCCAAAACACAGCACCCAUAUAGCUCUGGGCUUAGGGGGCCUUCAAAGAGCACUCACAUUCGUCCUAAGCCGAGACAAAGGUUCAGGGCCCACCCAAGGUUCUCCAAGGCCAAGAGUGGAAGAUGCAACAGGAAGAGUCACAGACACCCCAGAACAGCCAUCAGCCUCCAGUUGAUCACUGCACUGAGUGAAGGAUUGUGAUGCAGAAGAUGAGAGUUUUUGCCACACCAAGGUUGAGCCAGUCAGCCAAAGCAACCCAAAGAGGUGGGUUCACUUGUGGUUGACAUGGAACAUGAGUUGGGAAGGAUCAUACCGCAUGCAGGAAUUAGUCGCACAACCCGAAGCCUUUCUAAACAAGGAGGAAUUUUGCUUGUCUCCUGGAGGGGACUGUCAGGCAGGAUUCCAAAGAAUUUUUUUUAAAUGUUCAUGACUUUUGCUAUUCUGUGGGAAUACAGUGGUACCUCAGGUUACAUACGCUUCAGGUUACAUACGCUUCAGGUUACAGACUCCGCUAACCCAGAAAUAGUGCUUCAGGUUAAGAACUUUGCUUCAGGAUGAGAACAGAAAUCGUGCUCCGGUGGCGCAGCGGCAGCAGGAGGCCCCAUUAGCUAAAGUGGUGCUUCAGGUUAAGAACAGUUUCAGGUUAAGAACGGACCUCCGGAAUGAAUUAAGUACUUAACCCGAGGUACCACUGUAUAUGACUAUGAGUCUCCUUAAAUUAUAGAUCAUAAAUAUAUAAAUACUACAAAUACAAACAAAAAACCCAUUAAAUACUGUCCUAUUAAUUGCAGUGAUGUUUGCUGUUUCUUUUCUUAUUUUCUUUUGAAUUUUUUGUUUACAGCAUUAUACAUUCUUACAGUGGUACCUUGGUUCUCAGACGUCUUGGUACUCAAACAACUUGGAACCCAAACACUGCAAACCCUGUAAGAACACUGUAAGUGUUCCGGAUUGCAAACAUUUUUCGGAAGCCAAACAUGCUCCAUUUUGAGUGUUACGCUGAGGUCUGUUUCUGCUAUUUAUUUUGUGUUUUUGUGGCUCUUUUUGUUUUUGUGACUAUGUGGAACCCAAUUCAGCUACUGAUUGAUUGUGUGACUGCAGUACAUUGAUUAUUGCUUUCUUUUCUUUUUUAUUUAUUUUUUGUUUUCUUGCUUAAAAAACACAUAAAAUAAAAAUUAACAUAAAAAUAAAAUAACAAAAAACAAAACAAAAACAUAUAUACAAAUACCCCCUGUGGCUUCCCCCCCCCAAAAAAACCUCAACAUUCUUAAUUUUUUUCAGUCUUUUUACCAUUGCAUCUUUUAUAUCUUGUCCCUGAUAUUCCUAAUAUAUCUAUUCUAUCUAUUUCAGCUUUUACAUACUUAAUCUAUGCAUAUUAACAUGUUAUCUUUAGACCAGUGUUUUUUCUUAUAGUCUUCAAAACAUUACCAUUCACUCCUUAGUUUCUGAUUUGUCUGGAGUCUUACGGCAGCUGUUAACUUUGCCAGUUGUAUAGAAUCACAUAGUUUAUUUAACCAAUCUUCUUUUGUGGGGAUAGUAUCUCCUUUCUAAUUUUUUGCCAGUACUAGUCUGGCUGCUGUAAACAAAAAAUUCAAAAGAAAAUAAGAAAAGAAACAGCAAAUCAUAGGUUUUAGAUAAUAAUUUCUUAUUUUUUUUUAUAGUAUUUUUGUAAUUUAGAUUCUUCUUUCUCAAAUCCUGUUUUUUUAUCCACAUUAAAUACAUUAUUUAACUGAUGGAACUGGAGCCAGUCAGUAAGAUAGUGUCUUAUCUCCUCAAAUGAUUUUAACUUCAGGUGCCCUUGGUCUUCUUUUAAUAAUUGGCUAUAUGUUGCCCAAUUGCUUUGCAUGUUUAAUUUUUUAACUGUGAAUGCCUCUAAUGGGGACAACCACCAUGGUGUUUUUACCUUAUUAUAGCCAAGGUAGCCAUGCCACCCAAAUCUGUUGUUGACACUCUGCAAACCCAAAAUAUCUGUUUUCUCUAAUAGAAUCCAAUCCCUCAUCCAAAUUAAACACUGCCUGACAAAAGAUUUUUAAUUUUGGUAGUGCAAAACCCUUUCUUUCUUUCUUUCUUUCUUUCUUUCUUUCUUUCUUUCUUUCUUUCUUUCUUUCCUGUCUGUCAGUAAUUUGUAUUUAAUACAAGGUUUCUUACCCUGCCAAAUGAACCUUGUCAGAUCUUACCUCCAUUCUUCAAUGCAUUCUGUUUUCGCUAUAAUCGACAUCAUUUGAAAAAGAAUCAUAGAAUCAUAGAGUUGGAAGAGACCACAAGGGCCAUCGAGUCCAACCCCCUGCCAAGCAGGAAACACCAUCAGAGCACUCCUGACAUAUGGUUGUCAAGCCUCUGCUUAAAGACCUCCAAAGAAGGAGACUCCACCACACUCCUUGGCAGCAAAUUCCACUGUCGAACAGCUCUUACUGUCAGGAAGUUCUUCCUAAUGUUUAGGUGGAAUCUUCUUUCUUGUAGUUUGGAUCCAUUGCUCCGUGUCCGCUUCUCUGGAGCAGCAGAAAACAACCUUUCUCCCUCCUCUAUGUGACAUCCUUUUAUAUAUUUGAACAUGGCUAUCAUAUCACCCCUUAACCUCCUCUUCUCCAGGCUAAACUUGCCCAGCUCCCUUAGCCGUUCCUCAUAAGGCAUCGUUUCCAGGCCUUUGACCAUUUUGGUUGCCCUCCUCUGGACACGUUCCAGUUUGUCAGUGUCCUUCUUGAACUGUGGUGCCCAGAACUGGACACAGUACUCCAGGUGAGGUCUGACCAGAGCAGAAUACAGUGGCACUAUUACUUCCCUUGAUCUAGAUGCUAUACUCCUAUUGAUGCAGCCCAGAAUUGCAUUGGCUUUUUUAGCUGCCGCGCCACACUGUUGGCUCAUGUCAAGUUUGUGGUCAACCAAGACUCCUAGAUCCUUUUCCCAUGUACUGCUCUCAAGCCAGGUGUCACCCAUCUUGUAUUUGUGCCUCUUAUUUUUUUUGCCCAAGUGCAAUACUUUACAUUUCUCCCUGUUAAAAUUCAUCUUGUUUGUUUUGGCCCAGUUCUCUUCAUCAAUGCUCAAGGUCGUUUUGAAGUGUGAUCCUGUCCUCUGGGGUGUUAGCCACCCCUCCCAGGUUGGUGUCAUCUGCAAAUUUGAUCAGGAUGCCCCUGAGUCCAUCAUCCAAGUCGUUGAUAAAGAUGUUGAAUAAGACCGGGCCCAAGACAGAACCCUGUGGCACCCCACUAGUCACUCUUCUCCAGGAUGAAGAGGAACCAUUGAUGAGCACCCUUUGGGUGAAAGAAAGAGCAUUUUGGGGAGUAUAUUCAUUUUUAUUACUGAGAUUCUUCCCCAAAAUGAUAAUUUCAGUCUAGCCCAAAUUUCUAAAAAUAAAAAUAAAAAAAACAUUCCAGGUUUUUUUAUAAUUGUCAUCAAAAAUGUCAGUUCCCAAAUAUUUUGUUUUUUUCACUAUUGACAACCCUGUUUUUUCCUGCAGUUCCUUUUUCUCUUGCUCCUGUAUAUUUUUAACCAUAAGCUUUGUUUUUGAUCUGUUACGUUUGAAGCUGGAGACCUCUCCGAAUUCUGUUAUCUUUUCUAACGCUUUGGGAAUACUCGUUUCUGGGUUUUCUACUGUUAAAAUUAAAUCAUCUGCAAAAGCUUUCAGUUUGAAAGUCUUUUGACCUAAAGAUAUCCCUUUAAUUUCUUCUUCUUUCCUCAGUUCCAAAUUUAAUAUUUCUAGGGUUAAUACAAAAAGUAGAGGAGAGAGUGGGCAGCUUUGCCUUGUGCCUUUUUCUAUUGGGAUGUAUUCUGUUUUCCCAUCAUUGACUAUUAGAUUUGCUUUCUGUUUCUCAUAUAUGGCUUUUAUAGCCUAGGUAAAUCAUUCUCCCUUUGUGAAUAGGUCAAUCACUUUCCUUAGAAAUUUCCAAGAAACGUUAUUGAAAGCCUUCUAGGCGUUGACUAGCAUUUCCCAUCUUGUAUUAUUUUAUUCAUGAGUGGCGGGGCUAUAAUCUCCCAUUUUUUUUAUAAUGGAUUACAGGAAGUCCAUCUGGGCCUGGGGAUUUGCCCAGCUUAGAACUAGAGAUUGUCUGGUGUAUCUCCUUCCUGGUAAUUGGCGAGUUUAAUUGUUCAAGUUUCUCUUGUGCUAUUUUGGGAAUUUCUUUCCCUUGUAUUUCACUAUGUCAUGUUCUCCUUCCGUUCCUAUCUUAUAUUGCUUCCUGAAAUAUCUUAAAAAGCAAUUAUAUAUUUCUUCCUGUUUGUCGAUUACCCUACCUUCUUGUACUAUCUUAUCAAUUUGUUUUUCUCUUUGUUUCUUUUUUAAUUACCUCGUCUGUUAGCAAAUUCAAAAUUCUUUUGUUUCAUCCUUUUGAUGUUAUUCUCUAUUUCAUCAUUUAAGAAUAUUGAUAGUUGGGAUUGCAAUAUUUUAAUAUUUUGGUUUGCGGUUUUGUUUUUUGGGUUGUUAACAAAUAGAUUCUAAUUUCUUUCAAUCGUCUAAUCUGGUCUAACUUUGAUUCUCCAAUCCUUUUUUUGUAUUAUGUUUUGUUGGCUAUAAAAGCCUCAUAUAAAGGCCUUACCGGCAUCCCAUAUUGAUCUAAUAUCAGUCUCUUGUGUCAUAUUUAUUUUGAAGAAUUAUUUCAUGGCCUCUUCAGCCUUUUAAAUAAUUUUCUCAUCAUUCAGGAUUCUCUCAUUCAUCCUCCACUGCUUGUUCAUUUUCUUCUUAUCCCUUAAUUCUAGUGUAAUCAGGUUAUGGUCUGAAAUGGAUUUGGGUUGAAUCUCAGUUUUUUUAAUUAGUGUCAUUAAACUAUUCAAUAUCCAUAUUCCAUCUAUUCGACCUGCAGAUUUUUUAGCUUCAGAAUAGACUGUAUACUGUCUUUCAUUUGUAUGUUUAUUUCUCCAAGCAUCUACUAAGUUCAGAUCUUCAACCAUUUGGAAAAAAAAUUGGAAGUUUUCCUUCCUUAGAUGCUUUCUCUCUUUCUGUUCUAUCAAGGUUCAACAAAGUGACCCCAUUAAAAUCUCCCAUAAGAAUCAUGUCCUCAUUGUUAUGUUCCAAUAAUCUUUCCUCUAGUUUUUUAACGUAUUUUGAUUUGUUUCCAUUUGGAAAGUACACACCCACCAGUAUUAAUUUUUUUUGCUUCUUGUUAACUGCACGCCCAGCAAUCAUCCUUCAUUGUCUUUAAAUAUUAAUUUGGAUUCUAAUUUUGGGUUUAUGUAUAUAACGAUUCCUCUCUUUUAUGUAAAUCUGAAGCUAUAAAUUAUACCCCUGGUUUCUUAUUUACCAAAACUCUCUUGUGCUUCUUAGCUAUAUGUGUUUCCUGAAGACAGAUAAUGUCCCAGUUCUUCUUUUUUAGGAUAUGUUGGGUUUUAUUCCUUUUCUCUUUAUUAUUUAAACCAUUGAUAUUCUACGAGAUAAUGUUCAAAUUCAUCAAAUAACAAUUACAAAUUGGAUUCAGAAAAAUAUAUAGAAUAUAGAUUUAAUCUGGUGGGUUACGUCUUAUUGUAUCUCUUAAUAAGAAUUGCUUUUACUCCCCUCCUGUAGUUUCUAACUCUUAUCUCUCCUGCAUGACUUCUCCUCCCAGUUCUCUCUUGUAUUUUCUCCAGAACUUCCCUAAAUAGCCCCUCCAGGAAUUCCCAUUUGUAUCUUAUUGUGUUGGUUUUUAAAGCAUCUGUUAAUGUCUUGUAAUUUUGUCUUUUUUAAGGAGUCUUUUUGAUAUUUCUUUAUGAAUUAUUAUAUUCCUUUCAUCUAUUGUCAACUUCCUUUUCUGGAGUACUUUAUCCUUCAGUAGUCUUGAAUUAAAGAAGACCAUACGGGGGGCCGCUAGGGGCGCAUUGGAAGAUGGCCGACAAUACCAUCUCUCCGGCUCACAUGAGGUAAUUAAGAGACUAAUAUGGGAGUAAUUAGCCUCCCGAGUUUUCCCAGGGGGAAUGGGAAAACGCUGCCUCGUCCGCGGAUGCCUAUAAAUCACCCCCGAGUUUGUAAGAAGGAGGGGGUGAGGGCACUGGACGGAAAGCCCUUGUGUGUUUUUUUUGCUCUCCCUGACGCUGCUUCUGAUUGCGAUCCUAGUUGCAUGACUCAAGAUAAACAAUUGGAGAAGAGUAAUUGCACUUGUUUUGAGUGAAAGAAAGGGAGUAUUGAUUGCUAAUUAAAUCAACCUCUGUGAAGCUGAGUGACGGGUUGGAUUGAACAGAACUACAUCAAAGAACACUACAUCAAAGAUGUUGGUAUGUUGCAACGGAGCGGAAAGGGGGGGAAAACCUAUGUGAUUUACCUAACAACCCCUCCCUAAGAAGAACCGUCGCAUGACUGAUUAGCAAGUGAGAUGGAAUAAUAAACUGUGUGGAAAUGAAUUGUUGGCUAAAGGCUUUGUUUUGUGGAAGAUCUGGAAAGGAAUGAAAGGCUUUUGGAUGACGCAGUUCUAAUUGAGAACCCCCGUGAUGAGGCAGGCUUUGUUGCAAGAUUUACGGUCAAGAGGGGGAGGAAGCCACGGCUUUGCUAUUAUAUCUGAAUUCUACAUUUGAUCUGGCAAGAACUCCCUGAAAAGACUGAUGUCGGAGCAACAGGUCUGGCAAAGUUAAUGAGCAGACGCUUAGACUGUAUUUUAUGGAAAUGCUGAAAUGGUAUCUGCCGUUCAAACAGGACCUUUGGACUAAUGUGAAAAUCCACACAGGACUAUAACAAUGUUCGUUUCAACUCACUUGUGGAGAUUUACAGAGGUUAGAAAGAAAGGGGGGGAUGAUAACAACAAGAAGAUUGGAAGAUGAUUUGUAAAGAAUAACAACAAGGAGAUGGAAAGAUAGAACUGUGAACAUCAAAGCAACAGAAAUAUGAGAGGAUUGGACCCUUUCUGAGCUCGAAGCAUGGGUACCCCAACAAAAUUUUAAAAAUUCGGUUAAAUAUUUGGAAAUAUUUGGAGUUUAUUAUGUAUUGGUAUAAUUGGAAUUAAUGUGAUUUGAUUGGUUUGUUAAUAAAAAUUAUUAUUUUUUUUUAAAAAAGAAGACCAUACAGUUCCUGAUCCUUUAUUCGUCUUUGUUCCUUCAGAUUUGAUUCUGAAGAUCUUAUCUAUGUCCAUUAUUAAUUCUUCUUCUUGGGCUCUGAGCCAUCUAGCUAAUUCUUUUGUCAGUUUGGUUUCAGUGUCUUCAUUCUGCAUCUCUAGGAUCCCCUGAAAGCAUAGAAUAAGCUCCCUUUAGUGCAUCUCGAGAAUCGCGACUUGAUUUAACAUUUUCUCCUGUAUUCUCUUUAAUUCUAUUACCUCAUCAUUUAUAACGUCUUCGCCUUUUUUCAGCUCUUUACUUUCAUUUUUAAUUUUCUUGGUUUUUUUCCUUCGAGAGUUCCUCUUGUUUAUUAGAUCUAGAUUUCAAAUCUUGGACUGUUUUCUCUAUCUCCCUAAUUUUAAUAGUCAGAUCUUUUACCUGUGCAGAUAGGUCUAUUAUUAAUUUUGAAUUUUGCUCAAUCUUGUUGCCCAUGGAAUCAAGUUUAUCAUUAAUAGAUUUAUUCAUUCCAAUAACCAACUCUCUUAUAUCAGCAUUUGUAUCUAACUCCACCACUGAUUGGCGUCUUGGAGCUCCUGAAGAGGUCUUGGAAGUCAUUUUAGUUGCUUCUCUAUAUACACAUGAAUAUAAGCUUUGUCCCAGUCUUAAUAAGUUCCUUUGAUAUUUUUGUACUUUAAAUACCCUCAGGUCUGUAUUGUUUCUAUUCAGAGAGCUCUGGGAAGUAUUUGUUCAAUUAUUCCUCCCGCAUUUGGCAUUUAUGUAUUAUUAAAUACUCUAAUUGAUUAUCAACUUCUUAAAAUAUUUGUCAAUCAAUAUUUCUCCUUGCCCUCCCUACUAUCUCAGAUCCUGAAUCGAGAUUUGUUACCCUUUAUGUCCUAGAACUUAGUUAAUAUGAUUUGUCAAUAUACUUAUAAAUUCCUUAAUCAACACACUUCAUAAUGAUUAAAUCAAAUGAUUAUUGCUUUCAUUUUAUGAAUCAAUGGUCUUGUUAGAUAGUAAAAUUCAUGUUUUAGGGGUUGUUUUUAAAAGUAUGGAACAGAUUACCGUAUUUUUUGCUCUAUAAGACUCACUUUUUCUCUCCUAAAAAUUAAGAGGAAAUGUGUGUGCGUCUUAUGGAGUGAAUGCAGGCUGCGCAGCUAUCCCAGAAGCCAGAACAGCAAGAGGGAUUGCUGCUUUCACUGCGCAGCGAUCCCUCUUGCUGUUCUGGCUUCUGAGAUUCAGAAUUUUUUUUUCUUGUUUUCCUCCUCCAAAAACUAGGUGCGUCUUGUGGUCUGGUGCAUCCUAUAGAGCGAAAAAUACGGUAAUCCACUUUGCAUUACUUUCUAUGGGAAAGUGUGCCCUGGUUUUGGAAUGCUUUGGUUUUGGAACAGACUUCCAGAACAGAUUAAGUUUGAGAACCAAGGUACCACUGUAUAUUAUUAAUCAUCAUUACUCAAUUUUAACUGUAUAUAUAUGAUAGUAUUCAUUCUAAUUGUUUAGAUACUGUUUUCUCAAUUCACAUGGUUUCAUCAAUUCAACAAUGUUAAAUGGCACACCUAAAACUCUGCCAGCCUUCACCAGUGUGGUGCCCUCCAGAUGUUAUGGAGUGCAGCUCCUGUUGGUCUUAGUGAGCAUGGCUGUUUGAUGCCAGACUAAAGGGAGUUGUGGUCUGAAACAUCUGGUGGGCACCACCUUGGUGAAGGCUGAACAAAGCAGUGACAGGCAUUGCUUGGGGAACUGUUUCAUAACAGCAGCAGCACUUCCAGGCAAAGCCCCACAAAACUAGAUCUUGCCUCUUAUAGGUAAGGUACAAAGUAGGGCCAGUCCACCCAAGAGGCAAGGUAAAGUGACUGCUUCAGGCAACAGGAUUCAUGGGGACAGCAGAUCUGGCCUCCAAGGUACACAUCACCCCCUGCUGCUGCUGUGGGGGCAGUGACACCACUCCUUGGAGGCCAGAUCUGUGUUUCCCAGCAGCCUCUUGGCAAACAGGUUUCCUCCGACUCUUUUUCCCAAUGCACAGCUUUAUUCCCCCCGGUUCUGAUGUAGAUGAAGUGAACUCAGACCUUCCUCCCUGACAGGCAGGAGAUGCCAGUUUGUGGUUUGCCUUAGGAGCCCAAGUGUCUUGGGCCAGCCAUGGUACAGAAAUUUCACAGAUUGUGCAGGGAGUGGAGAGGCUUCUAUGGGAGAAGGUUGUUUUUCCAAUCUCUUCUCCAUCUUUCUGGGUGGUGCUAAAUUUUGUUGAUUCUCCUUAUUGUAUUGCUCCAUCAUGUCUUCUCUCCUCUCUCCUCUCUCCCUCCUGCUGCCCCUGGGAUGUGAGUAGCUUGAGCAACCAAGAAGACACAAUGUGACCAGAACUGGGUCAGGCUCCUGCUGUUUAUGUGACUUGUAGCUGUUUAAUAAAUUACUGCUUGCUUAUACAGGUGAAAAGUAUUCU